AUGACCAGCGGCACCGCCUUCCAGAGCCGUCGCCCCCGUGCCUCCUCCAGCCCGCCCGACAAGCCUUGCGCCGACUCUGAGCGGGCCCAGAAAUGGCGCCUGUUGCUGGCCUUGUUCCUUUUCUUCACCGUCCUUGUUUCUGACAGCCUCUGGCUCUGCGCCGUCGCCGCUGGGGCCCAGCUCGGAGCCCAAUAUAGGAGCGUCUCCUGGCCAGAAGUCGCGGUGAUGGGCAGCGACGAUGGUCAGGCCCCGACGGCUCGGCCCUGUCUGGACUUGAGUUCGGCCUGCAGCCCACGGCACCUCCUGCAAGGACCGCCCGGGGUUGCCUUCCCGGCAGCGCGUGUGGAGGCCUCACCGUCGCAGCUGGCCUUUCUGGAGCGGCACUUCCGGGUCCUGCGGCUCCAGUUCUGUGAGGCCUACACCGUCUGGGACCUGCUGCUGGGCAUGGACGACCCGGAGAGCCUGGACUGCAGUCUCCGGAGCCUGCUGGCUGACGUGGCGGCGGGCGGAGCGCGGCGCGGGGAGGCCUGCAGCGGCUGCCUCGAGGCCUACCAGAGGCUGGACCAACACGCUCAGGAAAAAUACUAUGAGUUCGAAGAGCUGCUGGAGAAGUACCUGCAGGCUAAGGACUACUCUGUGUGCUCCUGCCUAAGGGACUGUAAGGUAUGGUUAUUAUCACUAUCACUAUUACUACUAUUAAUUGCCAUUAUAUCCCACCUUUCUUCCAAGGAACUCAAUGUGGUGUACAUACUUCUCAUUUAAUUCUUACAACAGUCCUCUUAGGUAGGCUAGGCUGAGAGGGUGUAUGACUGACCAUCCAAGGUUACAAGCAGUGAGCUUCAUGGCCACUGUCCAAGCUGUCCAAUUGGGCAAACGACUCAAAUUUGAUUGGCCACGAGCAAGCGGGCUUUAGGAACAAUUAUUCGACCACUGACCAUAUGGUAAUCAUGUAUCAUCUUGCCAGAAAAUAUUCUGCCCCGAGUCGGGGCGCCUAUGUGUCGCUUUCAUAGACCUAAAGGCCGCCUUCGACAGUAUCCCAAGAAACUGUCUAUGGAAGAAAUUAGAGAGAUGGGGCAUAGAUAGAAGGCUGUUAUGGCUUAUAACCCAAUUACACCAUGGGUCGUCGGCUAGAGUGAGACUCACACCGGCGGGAAACCUAUCCAACGAGGUCCCAAUAAAUAGAGGUGUGCGCCAAGGUUGCAUUUUGGCCCCACUCCUCUUCAACUUGUUUAUUAGCGAUAUGAAGCUCUUUCUGAAUGAGUCUCAAGCCAACAUUCAUGCCCCCCGCCUAGCUGAUUUUCGCUGCCCUCUGCUCUUAUAUGCCGACGAUGCAGCGAUCCUUUCCUACUCUAGAGUCGGUUUAUGCAGAGCUCUAAAGAUUUUUGCGGCUUAUUGCAAACUCAACCAUCUGACAAUUAAUCAUGGGAAAUCUAAAGUCCUGGUCUUUACCAGGUCUCGGAAAACUUACAGCUGGAAGUUAGAUGGAGUCCAAUUAGAACAAGUUUUCAAAUUUAAAUACCUGGGAGUCUUUUUUCACUACAACCUAAGCUGGAAGCCACAGAUACAGUAUUUACUAAACAAAGGGAAAACAAUACUUUAUACUCUACUCCAAUUUUUUGCGGCCGACGGAGCCUCCCACAUCCCUUCUGCAUUGAAGGUGUACCAUGCAAAAGUGGUUUCCACCCUCUGUUAUGCUGCCCGCUCUGGGCCCCAGGGUCCAAUUUAACAUCGUUGGGGACAUUGCAGAAUCAGUUUCUCCGUCGCCUCCUGAAACUCCCCAUGUGUGUGAGCAACGCAGCCAUACGUCUGGAGUUAAGGAUUGCAUCAUUGGAGACGGUCAUCUGGAAGCGAGUCUUUGGUUAUUGGCUGUCCAGCUGGCACAGGCUUCCCAACCAUUACCUUUUCAGUGCCUCUGGCGGGACGACUUUGUCAAUCCUUGGGUAGGAAAAAUCCAUGCCAAACUUCUGAGCAUCGGAAUUUCCCCAGCGGACUCCUUAAAGAUGAACUUACGCUCAGCCAAAAGACUUAUUGAGCAGAGAUUAGCAGACAUUGAAAAUCAACACAACCUCGCCGGGGUGAGGGUGUCUGCUCCCCAGGUAUCACGGAAUAACCUCACCACUUGGCCUUCCAUCAUACAUGUCAUCUCUUUCAUCUGUACCACACCGACAUGCAUUUAUUCGUGCAAGGUUCAAUGUCUUUCCAUCGAACCUGCUGAGCCACAGAUUUUCCAAGGGUUUGGUGUCUCCGCUAUGCGUGUGUGACGGGAAAACUGUUGAUUCUCUCUCACAUAUAAUGUUCAACUGUCCCCUACAUAGCAUAGCCAGGACUAAAUUCCUGGGCCCUGCUUUACUGCGCUUGGUUGGCAGGCCUGCUGAGUCACAUGCCGCACUACUUUUGCAGGAUACAGAUCCUUCUGUAACUCUGCAGGUGGCGAGAUUCCUGAAUGCAGUUAUCUCACACACAAAAACCACCAAAAACAACAACAUCAAAAACUAAUCGGACAGUUUUGAAGAGAGUGCAUGUCGGAUCCCGUCUUCAGUUCUCCUUUUCUGGGAUCCGUCCCUUGGAGCUCUCCGGGCCCCAAGCUGUUAUCUGGCUCUGCUCAAUGACCCACCCCUGCAUCAUGGUGUUCACCUUCUGGUGCCGAAUAUAUUAGUCUUUAUGCCUCUGUGCUUUUAUGUUUGUACAUACUUUAUGGGCUAAUAGCCGUAAAAUAAAAAGAAAAAAGAAAAAGAAAAAAAGGAGCUUCAUGGCCAAGUGGGGAUUCAAAUCCAGGUCUCCUUAGUCUGCCACUCUUAACCAUUACACUACACAAGUGACUUGUUUUCUCUUGUGUUUGCUUGCUCACACCUGCACACCUUGCUCAUUUAGAGUACCACGUGGUACUCAUUUGGAGUAAACUGCUCUGUAACAUAGCUGAAAUCUAGGUAUAGAAUCAUAGAACUGUAAAGUUGCAAGUGUCACCUAGUCCAGUCCUCUGCAAUGCAGGUGGAAGCACAACAGGAAAAUUGGUUUUAUAAAAGGAGGGAAAGCAGAGGACAGCCUCAUAUCUCCCCACCCUGAACAGUCAAUGAAUUUUUGGGCAGGGUGGGUGGGGAGUUGCCAUGGAACCUAUGAUGGAGAAAGGCUACUAGCCACGAUGGCUAUGCUCUGCCUCCACAGUUGGAUGAAGUGAUGUUUCUGCAUACUAGUUGCUGGAAACUAGCUCUCAAAGUUCACUUGUCCUCUGGAGCACAUUGUUACACUAUGGAACUUACUCCCACAGGAGGCAAUGAUGGCCACCAACUUGGAUGGCUUUAAAAGCGGAUUAGACAAAUUCAUGGAAGAGAGGGCUAUGGACCAUUGGCCUGAUUCUGCAACCUGUUGGAUGAGGUGUGUGACUCAUAAUCAGAAGAGUCCUGCUGGAUCACUCCUCUUUUAAAUUUCCUAUUAUAGGUUUCAAAAUUCUGUUACUUACAAAAAAUGAUGCCUGUUGCGCUCGUAUCAUGUAGCUUGGUGGAAAUUUGUCUACUUCAUGAGGUCUAGGAACCUGCUAAAUUUCAAACCAACCUGAUAAAAACUGAGAUAAGUACAGCAAGUUGGAAAGUGCUCCCCUUUGUCUUUGUUGGAAGAUUCAAACAGUGUUAGAAACUCAGAUAUUUAUUUAUUUAUUUCCAAUUUUUAAAAAUUCAUUUUAUAACACAAAUAAACAAAACAAACAGAAAAACAAACAAUACAAACAAUACAGAUUCUUGUCUUAUCCUUAUUUUUUCUAAACAUCAUAAUUUCUAACCAUUUUUUUUAUCACACUUGCUUUAACCAUAAAAAUCUUCACAUUUUAUCACUUGCAAAUAAUACUAUUUUAAAAUACACUAUCUUCUACUUCUAACCCUACAGCCUAAAUCCACUUCCAAAGCUAUGCUAAGAUUUAAAUAUUAACAUGUUUUUUCAAAUAUUCCUUAAACUUUUUCCAAUCUUCUUCCACUGUCUCCUCUCUCUGGUCUCGGAGUCUCCCAGUCAGUUUGGCAAGUUCCAUAUAGUCCAUCAUCUUCAUCUGCCAUUCUUCUAUAGUUGGUAAGUCUUGUUUCUUCCAAUUCUUCGCUAGCAAUAUUCUCGCAGCUGUUGUGGCAUACAGAAAAAAAGUAACAUCCUUUUUUGGGAUUUCACCCCCCACUAUACCAAGUAAAAAGUCUUCUGGUUUUUUAAUAAAUGUGUUUUUCAACACUUUCUUCAGUUCAUUAUAAAUCCUUUCCCAGAAGUCUUUUACCUUGGGGCGCGUCCACCACAUGUGGUAAAAGGUUCCUUCUUUUUCUUUACAUUUCCAGCAUUUAUUAUGAUGAGUAUGAUACAUUUUUGCUAACUUCACUGGUGUUAAAUACCAUCUAUACAUCAUUUUCAUCAAAUUUUCUCUUAAUACAUUACAAGCUGUAAAUUUAAUUCCUCUUUUCCACAAUUUCUCCCAAUCCACCAUCAUGAUACUGUGCCCCACAUCCCUGGCCCAUUCAAUCAUUACAGAUUUCACUUGUUCAUCUUUCGUAUGCCAUUCCAGCAAUAAAUUGUACAUCUUAGAUAGGCUUUUUGUUUUUAUAUCUAAUAAUUCCAUUUCCAGUUUGGAUUUCUCUGCUUGAAAACCAAUUUACUUAUCCAUUUUAAAGACUUCACUUAUCUGGAUGUACUGGAACCAAUCAUCUAAUUUAUCUUUUCAAUCUUUCAUAGGAUUUUAAUCUAAAUUGGUCCCCUACUUCCAUCAGAAUAUCAUUAUACUUCAACCAUGUAUCUUUCAUAUUCAACCUUUUAUGGGUCUUAGCUUUCAAUGGUGAUAUCCACCUGGGUGUUUUCCUUUUUAGCAAAUCCUUAUAUUUUAUCCAAACAUUGUACAAAGAUUUUCUAAUUAUAUGAUUUUUAAAUCAUUUGUGAGCUUUUAUCUUCUCAUACCAUAAAUAUGCAUGCCAACCAAAUACAUUAUCAAAACCUGCCAAGUCCAAAACGUCUGUAUCUUCCAGUAAAAACCAUUCUUUCAGCCAGCAAAAGGCUGCAGCUUCAAAAUAAAUCCUUAAACCUGGCAGGGAGAAACCCCCUCUCUCUUUCACAUCUGUUAAUAAUUUAAACUUGAUUCUGGGUUUUUCCCCCUGCCAGAUAAAUUUAGAUAAUACCUUUUGCCAUUCCUUAAAACAAUUCAACUUAUAAAUGAUAGGAAGUACUUAGAACAAAAAUAACAACUUAGGCAAUACAUUCAUCUUUAUCGCAGAAAUUCGGCCCAACAAAGAUAAUUUCAACCUUGUCCAUAUAUCCAAAUCUCUUUUGAUAUCUUUCCAUAACUUUUCGUAGUUGUCUUUGUACAAAUUCAGUUUUUUUGCAGUCAUACUUACACCCAGAUAUUUCACCUUUUUCACAAACUUCAGCCCUGUGGUUUCCUCUAAAUUAAGUUUUUCAUGUAUUGUUAAAUUUUUUUCUAAAACUUUGGUUUUAUUCUUAUUCAAUUUGAAACCUGCAACUUGUCCGAACUCUUGAAUCAUCUUCAGCACUUUAAUUGCACUGAUCUCGGGGUCCUGUAAAGUCAAUACCAAAUCAUCAGCAAAGGCUUUUAACUUACAUUGUUUAGUUCCAACUACUAUACCUUUAACUUCCUCAUCUUUCCUUAUCAUAUUCAGCAGCACCUCUAGGGCAGAAAUAAAAAGCAGUGUGGAGAGUGGGCACCCUUGCCUGGUUCCCUUCUCAGAAACUCAGAUAUUUAAGCUACUCGCCAAAUGACUCCUUAAUCCUGAGUUAUUGGUACAACAACGGAAUGUCUAGUCUCUAUUUUUAUUUUAUUUUUUGCAAGAUUUGUUGUUGUUUAGUUGUUGAGUCGUGUCCGACUCUUCGUGACCCCAUGGACCAGAGCACGCCAGGCACUCCUGUCUCCCGCAGUUUGGUCAAACUCAUGUUUGUAGCUUCAAGAACACUGUCCAACCAUCUCGUCCUCUGUCGUCCCCUUCUCCUUGUGCCCUCCAUCUUUCCCAACAUCAGGGUCUUUUCCAGGGAGUCUUCUCUUCUCAUGAGGUGGCCAAAGUAUUGGAGCCUCAACUUCACGAUCUGUCCUUCCAGUGAGCACUCAGGGCUGAUUUCCUUCAGAAUGGAUAGGUUUGAUCUUCUUGCAGUCCAUGGGACUCUCCUCCAGCACCAUAAUUCAAAAGCAUCAAUUUUUCAGCGAUCAACCUUCUUGAUGGUCCAGCUCUCACUUCCAUACAUCACUACUGGGAAAACCAUGGCCUUAACUAUACGGACCUUUGUUGGCAAGGUGAUUUCUCUGCUUUUUAAGAUGCUGUCUAGGUUUGUCAUCGCUUUUCUCCCAAGAAGCAGACGUUUUUUAAUUUGUGACUGCUGUCACCAUCUGCAGUGAUCACAGAGCCCAAGAAAGUAAAAUCUCUCACUGCCUCCAUUUCUUCCCCUUCUAUUUGUCAGGAGGUGAUGGGACCAGUGGCCAUGAUCUUCGUUUUUUUUAUGUUGAGCUUCAGACCAUAUUUUGCGCUCUCCUCUUUCACCCUCAUUAAAAGGUUCUUUAAUUCCUCCUCACUUUCUGCCAUCAGGGUUGUGUCAUCUGCAUAUCUGAGGUUGUUGAUAUUUCUUCCGGCAAUCUUAAUUCCGGCUUGGGAUUCAUCCAGCCCAGCCUUUCGCGUGAUGAAUUCUGCAUAUAAGUUAAAUAAACAGGGAGACAAUAUACAGCCUUGUCAUACUCCUUUCCCAAUUUUGAACCAAUCUGUUGUUCCAUAUCCACUUCUAACUGUAGCUUCUUGUCCCAAAUAGAGAUUUCUCAGGAGACAGAUGAGGUGAUCAGGCACUCCCAUUUCUUUAAGAACUUACCAUAGUUUGCUGUGGUAAACAGAGUCAAAGGCUUUUGCAUAGUCAAUGAAGCAGAAGUAGAUGUCUUUCUGAAACUCUCUAGCUUUCUCCACAAUCCAGCGCAUGUUUGCAAUUUGAUCUCUGGUUCCUCUGCCCCUUCGAAAUCCAGCUUGCACUUCCGGGAGUUCUCAGUCCACAUACUGCUUAAGCCUUCCUUGUAGAAUUUUAAGCAUAACCUUGCUAGCAUGUGAAAUGGGUGCAAUUGUGCGGAAGUUGGAGCAUUCUUUGGCGCUGCCCUUCUUUGGGAUUGGGAUGUAGACUGAUCUUCUCCAAUCCUCUGGCCACUGCUGAGUUUUCCAAACUUGCUGGCAUAUUGAGUGUAGCACCUUAACAGCAUCAUCUUUUAAAAUUUUAAAUAGUUCAGCUGGAAUAUCAUCACUUCCACUGGCCUUGUUAUUAGCAGUGCUUUCUAAGGCCCAUUUGACUUCACUCUCCAGGAUAUCUGGCUCAAGGUCAGCAACUACACUACCUGGGGUGUACGAGACAUCUGUAUGUUUCUGGUAUAAUUCCUCUGUAUAUUCUUGCCACCUCUUCUUGAUGUCUUCUGCUUCUGUUAGGUCCUUACCACUUUUGUUCUUUAUUAUGGUAAUCUUUGUACGAAAUGUUCCUUUCAUAUCUCCAAUUUUCUUGAACAGAUCUCUGGUUUUCCCAAUUCUAUUGUUUUCCUCUAUUUCUUUGCAUUGCUCGUUUAAGAAGGCUCUCCUGUCUCUCCUUGCUAUUUUUUGGAAAUCUGCAUUCAGUUUCCUGUAUCUUUCACUAUCUCCCUCGCAUUUUGCUUGCCUUCUCUCCUCCGCUAUUGUAAGGCCUCGUUGGACAGCCACUUUGCUUUCUUGCAUUUCCUUUUCAUUGGGAUGGUUUUCGUUGCUGCCUCCUGUAUAAUGUUACGAGCCUCCAUCCAUAGUUCUUCAGGCACUCUGUCCACCAAAUCUAAAUCCUUAAACCUGUUCCUCACUUCCACUGUGUAUUCAUAAGGGAUUUGAUUUAGAUUGUAUCUUACCGGCCCAGUGCUUUUUCCUACUUUCUUCAGUUUAAGCUUGAAUUUUGCUAUAAGAAGCUGAUGAUCUGAGCCACAGUCAGCGCCAGGUCUUGUUUUUGCUGACUGUAUAGAGCUUCUCCAUCUUUGGCUGCAGAUAAUAUAAUCAAUCUGAUUUCGAAGCUGCCCAUCUGGUGAUGUCCAUGUGUAGAGUCGUCUUUUGUGUUGUUGGGAAAGCGUGUUUGUGAUGACCAGCUUGUUCUCUUGGCAGAACUCUAUUAGCCUUUGCCCUGCUUCAUUUUGAACACAAAGGCCAAACUUACAAGUUGUUCCUUUUAUCUCUUGAUUCCCUACUUUAGCAUUCCAAUCCCCUAUAAUGAGAAGAACAUCCUUCUUUGGUGUCAUUUCUAGAAGGUGUUGUAAGUCUUCAUAGAAUUGGUCAAUUUCAGUUUCUUCAGCACCAGUAGUUGGUGCAUAAACGUGGAUUACUGUGAUGUUAAAAGGUCUGCCUUGGAUUCAUAUCAAGAUCAUUCUAUCAUUUUUGAGAUUGCAUCCCAGUACAGCUUUCGCCAUUCUUUUGUUGACUAUGAGGGCCACUCCAUUUCUUUUAUGGGCUUCUUGCCCACAGUAGUAGAUAUGAUGGUCAUCUGAACUGAAUUCGCCCAUUCCCAUCCAUUUUAGUUCACAGAUGCCCAGGAUGUCAAUAUUUAUUCUUGCCAUCUCAUUUUUGACCACAUCCAACUUACCAAGGUUCAUGGUUCUUACAUUCCAGGUUCCUAUGCAAUAUUUUUCUUUACAGCAUUGGACUUUCCUUUCACUUCCAGGCAUACCCGCAACUGAGCGACCUUUCGGCUUUGGCCCAGCUGCUUCAUCAGCUCUGAAUCUACUUGUACUUGUCCUCCGCUCUUCCUCAGUAGUAUGUUGGACACCUUCCGACCUGAGGGGCUCAUCUUCCAACGUCCAUAAGUUUUAUAUGCCUGUUGUCUUUGUCCGUGGAGUUUUCUUGGGAGGGAUACUGGAAUGGCUUGCCGGUUCCUGCUCCAGGUGGAUCACGUUUGGUCAAAACUCUCCACUAUGACCUGUCCAUCUUGGGUGGCCCUGCACGGCAUAGCUCAUAGCUUCUCUGAGUUAUUCAAGCCCCUUCGCCACGGCAAGGCAGUGAUCCAUGAAGGGGUUUGCAAGAUUACAAAGCCAAAAGAAGUGUAUAUUGUCACAAUUUACAAUUCAGUCACACAUUUUACCAAUUACAGUAACCUUUUUUAAAAAAUGAACUAAUACACAAUUCACAUCAGUGACACAUUUUUAAUAUCACAUUUUAAAUAGCAAUUGUUAAUUGGACACCAAAAACAUAAAUGGGGUUCAGCCUUAGCAAUAGCGGCCAUCAUAAGCAUUGUUAUAGACUAGGGGGACCCCCUAAACCUUAGAAAUUAAUAAAUGCUAGAAUUUUGAUUAUUUGGGAUGUGAAGGGAGAAAUAUAAGCUGCAGAGGAAUUCCUGUGCUAGCUUAUGCAAAAAGACCUGACUAAGCUAGGGCCAUGAAUGAACAAUAAAGGGUCAUUGAGGGACAUUAGCAAUGUAAAAGAACUAUCCUUCCUCCUUGCCCUGAGGUGUGAACAGAGAAUGGGUUUGGAAGGUUGCCGGGUAACUGGGUGUGAGGUGACAGGAAAACAGAGGUUUGCCUUUCUCUUUCUUUUUUUUAUGGCUGUUUUGCUGAAUUAGGAAGCCUCUCAUGACCGCUUUACUCGCGUAUCCAAACUAAUUUCUUUAUCUAAGUUCCAGUCAAAAUAUUCCUUUACUGUCUCUUUCGCUUUCUCUACUAUUUUUGGGUUCUCAAAACAAUGUAUCAUUCAUCCUGCAUCUAAAAGAGGAUUGAUCUUUACCUUUUAAUUCCAAAUAGAUUGGAAUCUAUUUGGAAAACAGAGGUUUGAGCAAGGGUUGCUGGGAGGAGGAAGGUCUGGGAUCCAUCUUUGGACAGGCUGACUACAGAGCUGGCUUGGAGAGAUGCUUUUGACUCUAGGGCUGCACUGCUGUGGGGAACAAGCCCUUCUUGAAAUGACCAUGCUGUAAAAUCUCGCUACUCUUCCGAACAUAUGAUCAUCAUCAUUUCUUCAUACUGCCACAUCAUUUCUUAUUUAGAGUCCAGUUGACAUCCUUCACUUGCUGUUAAACCAUUCUUCCAGCUGGCCUCUUUUUCCAUCUUACAAACAGCACCUCUGUUACAUCUUAUAAAUAAGUAAUCCAUUUCAUGUUUGUAGUCCUUCAUAUACAUUGUUGUUCUGGACCUGGUGUGCUGGGAGAGUUCAUUACUAUCUUCCAUUGUUCAGUUUUUUGAAGUGUUUAUUUGGAUGGUACAAGGUCACAUUCCAUUCCUCCCGCUGUUUACCAACUAGCGUACGAGCUGCGGCCAUAAACAACUCACAGAAUGCAUAUCCAAACUCCACCAUUAAAAUUCUGCUUUGGAGUUCUUCCUCAGCACACAGGUAAAAACAAUAUAUUUUCUCAAAUUCAGCCUGUUUGCCAGAUCUGUUCGGCAGCAGUUAAUUCUUUUUUCAUUGCACCAACAGCACUCCUAGUCCAGUCCAGGAAUAAUUUUAAAUAAAGUCCAUUCAGCCUCGGUCAAGGAGGGAGGGCAUAGUAAAACUUUGUUAAAUUCCUUGUUGAGCAUAAAUCAAAACCCUCCUCCCUCUUCUGAAGUAACAAACAGAAUAACAUAGCAGCGGCCACACACGUCUCUUACAUUUUGCAGGGGAGAACAAGAAGAAAGGAGACCAUUUGAAAACCAUAUGAAAGCACAAAGCACCAUGUCCUCCUCCUUCCUUUCCCGGCUGUUGUAAGGAUUUUCUCUUUUUUUAUAUAAUAUUUUUUAUUGGUUUUUACAUAUAUUUCCAUACAUAUCAUAGUAUACGAAAGUAAAUAAAACAUUUGGCUCCCCAAGCCUGUGACUCCCCCCCUUCCCGAUUGAUAGCUUUCAAACCUAUUCUCUGGAUACUGCAUUUUCCUAUAUUUCUUAUUACUAUUAAAUCAUAAUCUUGUGUAAAUACUAAAUUAACUAUAAUGAAUAGUAACUGAUAGUUUUAACCUUACAAAACUUCUUGUAACCCUACUAGCGAUGUUAAUUGUUUACAAUUGUCUUUCAAGUAUAACAAAAAAUUGUUCCAGUCUUUCAGAAAAGUCUGAUCCUGCUGGUUCUGGAUUUUUCCCGUCAGUUUUCCCAAUUCGGCAUAGUCCAAUAAUUUCAUCUGCCACUCUUCUUUCGUUGGUAAAUCUUCUUGUUUCCAUCUUUGGACUAGUAACUUUCUCGCUGCAGUUGUUGGCUAUAGAAACAAAGUUUUAUCCUGUUUAUGUAUUUCUCUACCUACUAUACCUAGCAGGAAGGCUUCUGUUUUUUUGUAAACGUAUAUUUCAACAUUUUAAAAAAUUCAUUAUAUAUCAUUUCCCUGAAGACCUUCACUUCCUUACAAACUCACCACAUACUGUAUGGUAAGUGGUACCUUCUUUUUCUUUACAUUUCCAAAAUCUAUUAUUUGUUCAAUACAUUUUUGCUAAUUUCACUGGUGUUAAAUACCAUCUAUAAAUUAUUUUCAUUAUACAGUGAUACCUCAGGUUAAGUACUUAAUUCUUUCCGGAGGUCCGUACUUAACCUGAAAUUGUUCUUAACCUGAAGCACCACUUUUGCUAAUGGGGCCUCCUGCUGCCGCUGUGCCGGCUGAGUACGAUUUCUGUUCUCAUCCUGAAGCAAAGUUCUUAACCUGAAGCACUAUUUCUGGGUUAGCGGAGUCUGUUACCUGAAGCGUAUGUAACCUGAAGCGUAUGUAACCUGAGGUACCACUGUAUUUUCUUUAAGCGAACUGCAUGUGGUAAAGUUUAUUCCAUCUUUCCACAAUCUUACCCAAUCUUCUAACUGUAUAUUAUAACCAAUUUCCUUUGCCCAAUGUAUCAUUAUAGAUUUUACUUCUUCAAUUUUCGUAUGCCAUUCCAAAAAUAACUUAUACAUUUUUGACAAUAUUUUAACCUUGUUGCUUAAUAGAUUUAUUUCAAACCUGGAUCUUAUAAAUUCAAAUCCAUUUUUCUUUUUAUCUUAUUUAAAUACUUCAUUUAUUUGACGGUAAUGUAACCAGUCAUUUACCAACUCUUUUAUUUCCUUUCUUUUUUUGACAAUAAUUUUUAUUAGUUUUCAAUUACAAUAAUCCAAUGGUAGCCUCAUUAACAAUGUCAAAUUAUAAUAAAAUUACUAAUCCCAAUCAUUCAAAUGCCAAAUUAUAUAAUUUAGGCGGCCUCCUGUAUGCUAGAAUUGAUGCUUUGAUGUGUUACUUUGUUUCUGCGUUUCAAAAUUUUAUUCAUCUCAAGUACAUUCCAGUCAAAAUAGUUAUCCCUUAUACAACUGCAAUAUUAAUGACAACCAUUUAUCUUGACACAUUAAAUGAUUUAUAAACCCAAAGGUGAAGCAUUCCUUAUUCUUUCUGUGUGUGACAAUUAUUCUGUCUGUGGUGUUCCUUCCUGUCCUUGUAAAAUGUUAUGUCUGUCUAUUCCCAGCCGUUGCUGCUCUCCAUCAUGACUUGGGUGGAGCUAAUAUCCCAUUAUUAUUUCAGAAGUUCUUCAUUGCUCCGUCCCAUUCAUUGUUUUACAACUUCAACAGCAGUUGCAAAAAUCACACUGUUCCAAUAGAUAUCCUGUUUUCACCAUUGUUUUUUCUCAGCUUGGGAAGGAGAGUGAUUAAACACACUUCAAAUAGCUCAGUAAUAAACCUUCCUUGGCAAGCAUGCAGAUUCCUUUCAUCCCCCCUGUUCAGCCGAUAUAUUUCCAAUUAAGUUAAAUUCCAAGUCAUUUUAGCAUUAUUCAAUUCAGUCCACUAAUGAUAGAGAAUAGAGAAGAGUCAGCUCUAAGUUUCCCUCUUGCAAAAUAGAGCUUUCCUCCCUCUUUCCUCCCCCCACAAUUUUUACACACACAGUUCCAUUUGGUGUUAUUUUCCAUAGCUACUAUCCAGCUUCACCUAUACAUAUAUACAUAAUUUAAACUAACAUUUCAAGGAGAGUUACCAAAUUAUAACUCUAGAGAAAUAUAUAUAUAUCAAAAAGCUGGAGGCUCCCCCCCCCCCAUAUUUAACACCGAAUGAAGUCUUUCAAGUUCAAACCUUAACAGCCUUGCAGUUGAUUAAGUUCCACAGUUUAUGAUCUCAUCUCUUCUAGCGCAUGCCUGUAAAUUAGUCCAAAUUAAACUAAUUAACAGGAGAACCUCUGCUUCUUAAUGGUGGUGUAGGAGGGUUAUCAGCAGGCAAAGUGCUUUUGCAUUCAGUGCCUCCCAGCCUUCCGCAUUCCAUGCCAGAGUGAGAGCCAGGUACCUACAGUAGAUGAACUGCUUCAGCCUAUCCCCCCCCCCCCGUCCUUGGGGGAAACUUGUAAGGAUAAUUACCCUCAAUCAUCCUUGUUUAUCCUUCACUAACGAUCUCCUGCUGUCAUGGGAGCUGCAUCCAUUAAGGCAGACUAGAACUGGAAGCCUGUUGUAAGGAUUCUCAAGCUUCAAAGAAAACAUUCAGAUACCCUCAAAGAGACAAGCCCAGUCCUUUCGGCAGCUGAUUGAUUGCAGCCCAUUUAUUGCAGUCCAUUAGCAUAUGUCGGUCCAGGAGCACCUCUUGAUUAAUGCCAAUUGUCCAAAUUAUGGAGGAACUAACCACAAAUCAUGCUGGAGACAGAGACUAGUCCAUGGCAAGGACACGCUCCCAGGUCGCACCCACUCUGUCUUUCAAGUUGGCAGACACGGACUUGAGUGGCACAGCGGAAUGCAGUGAGCUCCUCACAACCCACUGGGGAACAUUGCCAGGAUUUUUGCCUCAUAAAUCCUAGCUUUCCCCUGCCUGAACCUUGGGCAGUGAGGAACAACCAUCAUUGACUCGUGACAUAGCCAGAAACCCACCUUGCAUAAAUUAUUGAGGGGGCACAACAUAAUGUACAUGACCUCACGCUGCAUCAGGCAGCUCAGUUUGGAGCGAGGGGAAGGGAGACGCAGGCAGGUCUCCACCACAAAAUGGCUGUCCGUGGUGCUGGCAACUCCACCUGCUGCAAACCACACACCUCACACAAAGCACACAUGCAAAGCCAGUUCGUUGCCCCACGUACUGCGGCACUAGAGCCCCUUUCUGCUUCUCGGUGGGCAGGGCAGGCAGCAGAAGCUAUUAUUCUGGAGGCUUGUUCUCCCUCCAGCUCUUCACAAAUACAAUUGCAGCUGCAGCUGCAGCUCCUCCUCUCCUUUCCCCUCUCCUUUUCUUUUUUUUUCUUCAGUUUGUCCUGUCCUGUUUGUGGCUGGAGCAAUCAAGCAGCUGCCACUUCCUGCCCUUGGGUCAUAUCUUUACAGUCAGAGAAAAGGAGCAAAUUGGUUAGUUUACUCUCUCCCCCUUUAAGGAAAGGUCCCCCCUUUAAAAAAUUCACUUCACUUUACCCUAACCCUAUACUGGUCCUUAGUAUCUGCAUUUCUGUAAAAAAGCCAAACCUGGCUAGGCGAGGUAAAAAAAAAGGAGAAAUGCUGGUGAAGUUUACUGUUUUAGGAUUAAUUCAGUGGCAGUAAAAUAGCAAAACUGAGGUGACCAUGCUAAUACUAUUUCCCUAGGAAUGGGCCUUCCCGCCUUUGCCUUCUCAAAACCAGACAGGCUCCCAAAGCCACCCCUCCUUUGGAAAGCAGUGCCAGGGCUCCCUUAGCAUCCAGGAGCUGUAGCAUCGGCUUGCUUCCUCAAAACCAGGCAGGCUUUGGGAAGGUGGCAAAGGUGUUUGCACAGAAGGGGCCCAGAGCAAGGCUUGGAUGGCUUAAGGUGGUUCUGGGGAUUGUGCAACAGCCCAUAUAUAUCUCUUUCCUUAUCUAGGCAUGCUAACUCAUGAAAGAGAGAGAGAGUGAGUUACCCCAUUGCAUCAUAUGUUAGACUUGGGGUAGCGCAGGAGGUGGUUAUCUUUCUUUGUACAGAUCAGCACUUUAUUUAAGUAUUAACUGUAGAUUACAAUUUUUUUAAAGCUAAUGAGUUUGGCAGAACUGCCAUACUAUUUACAUUUUCUUUUUAUUUAUUUAGUUGUACUGUAUUUAUAUUGUAAAUAACAACCCCUAUUUGCAUAAAAUAGAAAAUAUACAUUUAAAUUAUCAUUAAGAAGCCAGAAGGUAAAAUCAAAUAGAACUAAAAGUAUCAAAAUAUUAAUAAUCAGCUGUUAAAACAUACAUAUUUAAGAAACACAUAUUAAAUACAUUGAGGCCUGCAUAGCAGGGGGUUGGACUAGAUGACCCUUAGGGUCUCUUCCAACCAAAAUGCAAAACUGCACAUGCUCCAUGUAUUUGAAGAGAGAGGAGAGCUUUAUGGCAGAGUUCUGCCUUGCAUGCAGAAGGUCCCAGGUAGGUUUGAUUCAUGGCACCAUAUUGGUCUCCUUUUUGUGCUAUUUUAAAGUUUGUGACAAACACUGGAGCAUUGCAACUUCCUAUGCUCCUGUGUUCACAUCCAUUAAACAUCUAUACUGGAACCACCAUCUCAUUCACAAAAUUGAUGUUCUAUAUCUUGCUUGAACUCCAAAGAGCUCAGGGUGGCCUCUGUAGUUUCCCCCUGUCCUGUUAUCCUUCCAACAACCCUGUGAAGUAGGUUCGUCUGAGAGUGAGUGAGUGAGUGAGUGGCCCAAGAUCUCUUUGGAAGCUCUAUGGUUGAGUGAGGAUUUGGUUUCUGGUUUCCCUGAUUGCUGCAGAACUGCAGUUCUUUGUGCAUUUCAGGGGGCUGAACUAGAUGACCGCUAGAGCCCCUUCCAACUGUACAGUUCUAUGAUUCUACAUUUUCUGGGUCUCUAAAAGGCUGGUCAUUGUAGGGGAUGUUACAAUGUGGAAAGAGGGGUGUUCUUUUUUUAAAGCAAAAAUCUUGAAAGGAGGUAUGCAGAGCCACCCAACCAAGACAUCAGAGGGAUGAAAGAUAUUAAGAUGUGUAGUCUUCUCACUCUAUUGAAUAAUAGAAGAUAGUCAUGUUUCUUUUGAAAUGUAUUGUACAUAUCAUUGAUGAGAAAACAUUGCAGGGAAUUGUUUUGAUCAUGUGAAAACAUACAGCAGUUUCUCCACCUGUGUUUGUUUAUUACAGAUAGCUAUCAUGGUGGUUGUGUAAUGGUUAGAUAGUGUGUUGGACUAGGACCUGGGAAAGCAGGGUUCAAAUCCCCACUUAGACAUGAAGCUCACUGGGUGACCUUGGGGCCAGUCACCAUCUCUUAGCCUAACCUACCUCACAGGGUUGUUGUGAGGAUGAAAUGGGGAGGAGGACAUGGGUGUAGCCGGGGAGGGGGGGAGCCGGGAAGCAGCUGCCCCAAAAUCAAUAAAAAUCAAUAAAAAUACUUAACUAACUGAGGUUUUGCCCUCCCCCCCACAACAUACCGUAUUUUUCGCUCCAUAGGACGCACUUUUUCCCUCCUAAAAAGUAAGGGAAAAUGUCUGUGCAUCUUAUGGAGCGAAUGUGUGGUCCCUGGAGCCAAAUCGCUGUUGCCCUGCGCUCCUGGGGUGCUCUUUAGGGGUGGGGGGAGGAGCCAUGGUGCUCUACUGGCAGUCUCUGCUUUCCCCUGAAGCCCCGACAAGGUUUGCAGGCAGCAGGAAGGCUGUGUGCUCCUGGGGUGCUCUCGGGGGGGGGGGGGGAGGAGCCACGGUGCUCUGCCGGCAGCCUCUGCUUUCCCCUGAAGCCUCGACAAGGUUUGCAAGCAGCGGGAAGGCUGUGCACCUUUGCCCCGCGCUGGGUGGGGGUGGGGAGCAGCAAAUUGCUGUCUCUCAGUGCCUCCUAAUUCAACUGCAAAGGCUUGAUUGCCUAACUGGAUUCUGAUCUCCAUUUGAAGUUUAAAAAAAUUAAGUUUGGGGAUUUCUUCAAGUAGCAGUUUUGCGGAAAUAGUCAUAAAUACAUGCAAAGCAUCUCCACAAACCAGUAACAGUGAGCUCAGCUAAAAUGGAGCAGUCAUCUGGCUCAGGAACAGUUUAAACUGCACAACUAUAACCAGACAUCCUGUGUGUUUGUGUGUGGACCAUGUUCCUAGCAGCUAAUCUUUAUUGCUGAAAAGAGGCACUGAUAUGCCAAUCCAAAUCUAUAAUUCAUUAUACAAAUUCUUACAAGUUCAGUCCACCUAUACCAAACCAAAAACAUUGUGUUCUCUUGUUAUUGAAUGGAAGCUAUUUAUCUGCCCUCUUUUCCUCCUCUGUCCUUUGCUCAGUCACUCCAUUUUGAAUCUUCCUUUCAAAACAACCAUGCCUGUUUUGAGAAAACUUCACAGAUUUAGGAACUGGAGCGCAAUCAUUUGAUCUCUUUGCUGUUCCUCCAUACUCCAAGCACUUCUCAUUUGCACAGCCCUGGUUUCUCUCCCUGACUAUUAAUAUUCUUGAUUAAUAACAGUAAAAUGCUCAAAUUUUAGUUUUUGUGACUGCUGCCAAUACUGACUUCCCAGUGAUAAUGAAAACAGCUACAUUAUAAUGGAAUGUCUGUCCUUUUCCCAUUCUCUUCAUUAUAUACCGUGGCUCGCUUUAAAGCAGCAAAGUGGACAGGAGCCACCCACUUUGCUGUUUUAAAUAGUUUAGUACAACAUUUGAGUCAGAACUCCCCCCCCCCUUGUUUUCCUGCUCUAAUAACUUGGUGCGUCUUUUCGUCAGGUGCGUCCUAUGAAGCGAAAAAUACAGUAAAUCAUUGCUAUUCCCAUUGAGGAGGAGAACCUUUAAGCAAAGGUUGGAUGGCUAGCUGCCAUGGAUGCUUUAGUUGAGAUUCCUGCAUUGCAGAGGGUUGGAGUAGAUGACCCUUGGGGGUCCUCUCCAAUGCUCUGAUUCUAUGUAUACAACCUUGAGAUCCCUGGAAGAUAAAAGUGAUAUAUAAAUGUAAUAAAUAAAAAAAUAAUGGCCCCAACUUGGUGGAACGCUCUGUCACAAGAGACUAGGGCCCUGCGGGACUUGACAUCUUUCCGCAGGGCCUGCAAGACAGACCUGUUCCGCCUGGCCUUUGGUUUGGACUCAGUCUGACCCUUAUGUUUCCCUGCCCUUAUGGUCUUGAUCUAUCGGCUACUUUUAAAAUGAGGCUGCAUUUAAAAUUGCAUUUUAACCUGUAUUUUAAAUUGGUCCCCCCCCAUUAUGUUUUUACUGUGAUUUUAUUGGUGUUAGCCGCCCUGAGCCUGGCUCUGGCCGGGGAGGGUAGAGUAUAAAUAAUUUAUUUUUAUUAUUUAUUAUUAAUUAAUUAUUAUUAUUAUUACAGAGGGACUAAAGUGCUUGGGGAAGGGAAAUUUCAUCUUUUGAACCACAAAUCAUUUGGAAGGAUACAGUCAGACAGCCUACCUGGGUGGGGUGGGUCAGAGCCUGAAGGAGGGGAGCUGCUGAGGACCAUAUGGGCAUGUUUACAACAGCCACAUGUGACAGAGCCUGCCAGCCAGUGUGCAUAGCACCCUCAGCCUCAGCCCUUCCCCAGUUGCCUCCCAAGCCUAUGGUAGCCUACUUAGCAGACAUUUUCAUGUACUUGAACACUCUCAACACAAGCCUUCAAGGUAGUGAUUUUACAUUGAAGAUAAGACUCAGGCAGUGAUUUAAAAAUUAUGCUUCUGGCAAGCUGAGUAGAAGGUGGUAGCCUCACUAACAUCUCAACACUGGAGACAUUUCUGGAGGCCAUUGACAAAGCUUUGAUACCAGAAGUAAAACAUUACAUCACUGAGCACCUGUGUGAUUUAGCGACUAGCUUCAGAGAUUACAUCCCUGCAACAAAUCCUGAAAACUCAUGUAUAAGGAAUCCUUUUGAAUGUGGUGAUGUACAACUAACAACUAUCUGCGGAAGAGCAAGAUGCGCUUGUUGACGUGACUUGUGAUGGUUCAUUGAAAUCAUUUUUCAAAGAAUGUAGACUGUACCAAUUCUGGUUGAAGGUUUUUGCUGAUUAUAAGUUAGGUGAAAAAGCUUUGAAACAUGUAGUUCCUUUGUUUUCCACAUAUAUUUGUGAACAAAUGUUUUCAACAUCUUGUUAUAUCAACAUUUUGCCCAGAGUGGUUGGGAAAACCCAGCCAGACAGGUGGGGUGUGUAUGUAUAUAUACAUGUUGCUGCUGCUGCUGUUGUUAGUAGUAUUACUAAUGAGGUUUAGUAGCUGCUAGACAUGUCAUAAUUUGCUCACUUGUAGUAUACAUUAAUUUAAUUAAAUUUGUGUCCACUGCAACUAAAUCUUUAUUUUUGCAUGUUAAUAUCACAAAAUUUAUGGUCUGCUUUUUUUAGUACGUAUACGUAAAAUCCUUUGCUUAUUAGUGUUGGCUAUUUGCAGUUUAGUAGCGCUGCAGAGAGCUUUCUGGGGAGACCAUGCAUUAAGAAGGGACUCAAAAGUAACUUAAACAAGGUUUUAAUAAAAAAAACAAAAACUCCUUAUACACUAAAUACACCAACAACAAACCAGACCCAACCACCAACCCAUCCCCCAGGGUAAUGGGAGACUCCUUCGGGUAGUGAUAAAGCGGGAUAUCAAAUCCAAACUCUUCUUCUUCUUCUAGGUGCUGCUCCUUAUAUACUAUACCCAAUUGCUGACACAACUUGAUUAACACAACUCAGCAGCACCUGCUAUGUUUCACAGCUGUAAGACUGGGUCUUGUUAUUUGCCCUGGCCCUUAAAGACAUACACAACUUGUGAAGCAAUAAUGAACCUUCACAUUUUAAAGUGACCAUUCAACAUUUAGGGGCUACCCCACAUUUUCUUCAAAAAAAUGUUUUGUACAGCUAACUACCAUAGAGUUAUCAAAAUUUUUGAAAGUAGGGGGUGGCUUGGCUUUUGAAAAAUAGUGGUUGUCCUCCUAGCAAGUAGUUGUCUUGGCUAGUAGCAACCACUAGGCAAGGUGAAAGACUUUGCUUAUUAGGGAUGCAGCACAUAGUGGAUCUCAGUGGAUGGAAGACUGACCACCUAUUGAGUGAAGUGUUAAGGAAAAUUCUGGGUGCGAGGAUGCUCUGCAGCCCAACUCAUCAGGGUGCAAGCCCCCGUGGGUCUAUGUUGUCAGCAAAGAAGGAAGUACCAGCCAAGUAAUGGAGCAAAUCAGCAGUCAGUAGACCUCAAUCUUUAUUGUUGUGCAGGUUCCCACACACACAAGGUAAGAACCUUCCUUCCCUUCCCAUAAUACCUUUCCAGAAGCAUCAUCGAUACAUCAUUGAUACAUCACCAACAUGUCACAGGGAGGGAGGGGAUAUUGUUGUGGGAUGUGAAACACAAGAGCAGUCAAGUACAACAUCCUAGAGUGGACAUAAAAGGGGGUGUCUGGACCAGCCAGCCAGAACUUCCUGUUUCUCCUAGGCUGGGACAGACUUUCUCUGCAUGUGACUAGAGGUGGGCAUGACCUCACCUGCCCAGGUAACAAAAGAGCAGGACUGGUCAGCCAUCUCUCUCUCUCUGACCACAUUUGUCGAAGAAGCAACAUCUGCUUAGCCUAAGAUGCUCUCUUGGCUUGUAGCCAAGAGAGGACAAAGAAGCUGUCUCCUUAUGGGAUAGUUUCCAGGUGUAUAUUCCUUUUGUAACUUAAGUCUGCCUUCUGGGAUCCAUUUGUGAACAGAAUGUAUGAGUAAACUCUUUUUAUACUUUUAUAGAAGAUUGUGUCGUGUCUAUCUUUUUAUGAGGGACUAAAGGGGAAAUUACCAACGAAACUUAUUUUAGAGGCUUUAGCGAGCCUGAGCAAAUGCAUCCGCUGUGCAAGUUUUAAAAAAAGGGAAUGUUACUCUGCUAAAUUGUAGAACUUGUUAACACAAGUUGGAAAGGAUAUAAUCAAACAAUAUAUCCUCUCCUGCAUCCCUAAACAUUCCCACAAUUGUGAGGUUGCAUGAGUUCCUCAACUUGCCUGUUAUCAGAUUCAGUUCCAGACACCUCUUAAGUACCCAUCACCCAUAGAACAAUAAAGCUAUCUAUACAUAUGCUUGCCCUUCGGGGCUUCUCGAGGAUGGGCCUUGUGAACACCUGGCUGUCCAUUGUUACUCUCUUUGUUACUGUUCAUUGUUACAAUGGACAGUGGAUGUCCAUUGUUACUCUCUUUCCACCUCCCUGGGGAGGGUGUUGUAUAUGUGCCUCGGGGAUUAUGGUGGGAGGGGGCAUCCAGGUUGUGUUCGUGACCUCACGCUUGGAGGAUUAUAGAGGAAAGUGAUGUCCAAGUCCGCCAUUCUCGUAGGAGUAAAAUGCUGUUGGAAUGAGGAGAAUCGGUUAUGGCAUUGAUUUUAUAUAGUUUUCCAAAGGUUAGCACUCUUCCAGUCAGCGCUGUCAAGUCCAAAAGGAUACAUUUUUGACACUUCUUGUUACAAUGUAACACUUUAAGGCAAUUGAAACUAGGAUGGAUACAUUUGAUAGACUUGCCCCAUUAUCUGCACAGCAGGAGGGUGUUCAGUCAACCCUGCAAAGACUGAACGGAGGGUUUUGCAGCAAUUCCCUGCUGGUUACCUACUUUGCACAGUUGAGGUCACUGUUUGAUAAUACCCGAUUGGCUAGCUGUCAAAUUUUAAAGCUCCCUAUUGGUUGAUAUUUAGGUGAUUCACAAAUACAGAGUUCAUUCAUAAAACAGUAAUAUUGUCUCUUCAUUUAUACACAUGGAGUUUGUAUUUCAACGGUUGAUUCUUGUAAACAUACAAUUUUAUUGCUAUGGUGUAGUGUAGUGCUUAUGCGACUGUGAGCGAAGGUAGUUGGGCUUAUCAUCCCUGGUUUUGAGGAGGAAGGGGAAAACUGUUUCCAUGUAGUGGCCCCCACCUUCAUUUCCGUAACAGAAGAAAGCCUUUAUUUUUCGCUCUAUAGGACGUAUUUUUCGCUCUAUAGGACGCACCCGGCCAUAGGACGCACCUUGUUUUAGAGGGGGAGAACAAGAAAAAAAAUAAUUCCCCCCUCUCUGCUCAGCGCCCCUUCAGUGAAGCGGCAGGAGAAACGGAGCCCCUUCCAUUUCUCCUCCCGCUUCGCUGAAGGGGCGCUGCGCAGCUCUCCCUCUCUGCUGAAGCCAGGAGAGUCUUGCUCUCCCAGCUUCAGCAAAAGGAACCCGAAGCCUCCAGAGCACAGCAGGACCUCCCGCUGCGCUCCGGAGGCUUCAGGUGGCUAUCCCUUGUAUAAAUUGUAUAGAUGGUAUAAAUGGUUUGCUGUGUUGUGAUGUUAACAUAGGGAAUGGUGGAAAGGUUGGAGAGACAUGUGAUGCUAUGUCUGAUAACCAUUUUUUCAUGCAGGGUGUAUGCAUGGAUCUUCCAGAUUGCUGAUGUCUGACAUGAAGAUGUACCAAAGAUGUUCAGGACAAAGCAAAAGGGGAAGGCAAUAUGGGUAUCUUACAGAAGCACCCUAUUGGUGAUGAUGAAUCUGAAACAGAUUCAGUAUCAGAUGAAGGUUCUGAUAGGGACAAUGCCAAGGAACCAACGGAUGGGUCUGACAUGUGGGUGGAGACGUCACAAGACAGGAAGCAUAGAUUCUUCCUGGGGUAUGGAAAAGGCUUGUACAGAUGCCUGAUACCAAGGUGAGUUCCACUGACACAGCUGGUACAGAUUUGGCUGUAGCUAGUAGCUCAACGCAGGUCUUGGAACCCGAAGUCUUGAAAGGGGUACAAGGUUUGUCCUCAAAGGAUGGGAAACCAUGUCCAGAGGCUGUAAGGGUAGACGCUGUUUCCUCAGAGAGGAACAGAGCUAGAGCUCUAGUCCCAUGGAAGGAGGGUAACCAAAUGUGCUAGAUGUUAAGGCCCAAGGCUAGUCUGGUUGCAGGUAGUUCCAAGGGUGGAACGGGUGAUACAGGGGUAUACUAUGUGUAUGACAUCUGUAUGUUUGUUGCAGUUACACUGAUGACUACAACACGGUACACAAAUCGGGGGAGGAUGUUAGGAUUCAUUCCCCGUCUUGCAGUCAUGGGAUUGUUUUUAUCACAUGACUGUGUAUGUUUUCAUUCCACAUUGUGGGAAGUGAUGGAGACAGGAUGUUUUUAUUACUGUGUUUCCGUGAUGUAGGAUUUUUGUCCUUUUGUUCUUUCUCUUUGCUGUCUGAUGCUGAAGAGGCAGGAGCUGAGUCAAGUGUGUAUAUGUAAAUAAACGUAGUAUAGCCAAAAGCUGCACUGCUGAGUCUGUCACACUAACUGCUAACACUUUUGAAUCUCCCGAACAGCCGACCAGGAGGGAGAGAACAUGCCAGUCGGGCAUGUGUCUCUGUCGGACCCCUACUCAUGUGUAGGACCUCCUGACAGCGGUCACCUUUUGGCUCCCCCAGCCACAGGCGAGACAAUAGUGCAGUUCUCCUUGAUCCACUUCAGAACAGCUGGCUCGGCAUACAGGUUAUAAUAAUAACAGUAAUUUAUUAUUUAUAUCCCGCCCAUCUGGCUGGGUUUCCCCAGCCACUCUGGGUAGCUCCCAAUCGAAUAUUAAAAACACAAUACAGCAUUGAACAUUAAAAACUUCCCUAUACAGGGCUGCCUUCAGAUGUCUUUUAAAAGUAGGAUAGUUGCUUAUUUCCUAGACAUCUGAUGGGAAGGCAUUCCACAGGGCAGGUUGCCACUACCGAGAAGGCCCUCUGUCUGGUUCCCUGUAGCUUUGCUUCUCGCAGUGAGGAAACCGCCAGAAGGCCCUUGGCGCUGGAUCUCAGUGUUCGGGCUGAACAGUGGGGGUGGAGACGCUCCUUCAGGUAUACUGGGCCAAGGCCAUUUAGGACUUUAAAGGUCAGCACCAACACUUUGAAUUGUGCUUGGUUGGAAAUGUACUGGGAGCCAAUGCAGGUCUCUCAGGACCUGUGUUAAAUGGUCCCGGUGGCCACUCCCAGUCACCAGUCUAGCUGCUGCAUUCUGGAUUAAUUGCAGUUUCCAAGUCACCUUCAAAGGUAGCCCCAUGUAGAGCACAUUGCAGUAGUCCAAACGGGAGAUAACUAGAGCAUGCACCACUCUGGCGAGACAGUCAGCAGGCAGGUAGGGUCUCAGCUUGCAUACCAGAUGGAGCUGGUAGACAGCUGCCCUGGACACAGAAUUGACUUGCACCUCCAUGGACAGCUGUGAGUCCAAAAUCACUCCCAUCCUGCACACCUGGUCCUUCAGGGGCACAGUUACCCCAUUCAGGACCAGGGAGUCCUCCACAACAGCCCAUCCCCCUGUCCCCCAAGAACAGUACUUCUGUCUUGUCAGGAUUCAACCUCAAUCCGUUAGCCGCCAUCCAUCCUCCAACCACCUCCAGACACUCACACAGGACCUUCACUGCCCUCACUGGUUCCGAUUUAAGAACAAGGUAGAUCUGAGUAUCAUCCACAUAUUGAUGAACACCCAGCCCAAACCCUCUGAUGAUAUCUCCCAGUGGCUUCAUGUAGAAGCAUGGGGAGAGGACGGAACCUUGAGGUACCCCACAAGUGAGAGCCCAGGGGUCUAAAUCCUCAUCCCCUAACACCACUUUCUGGACACGGCCCAGGAGAAAGGAGUGGAAGCACUGUAUAACAGUGCCCCCAGCUCCCAGCCCCUCUAGGCGGUCCAGAAGGAUCUUAUGGUCAGUGGUAUCAAAGGCCGCUGAGAGAUCCAGCAGAACUAGGAAACAGGUCUCACCUUUGUCCGUAGCCCGCCGGAGAUCAUCAACCAGAGGGACGCAUUCACCACCCCGCAGAGCCCAUCGCCCAGCCCUUUCCGGCUUGCUUUUAUUAGCCAGGAUAAUGUCAAGGAGACAGGUGGUUGGUUUCACUCGUCCAAGCAGCCUGUCCACAUUCUUGGAGGUAACAGAUUGGAAUUAAUCCCAUAUAACAUGAUUAGACAGGACUCCCGCACUCUCCCGCCCCAGCUCUGCUCCCAUGGUGGAGUCUCCCUCCUUCUGAAUCUGAGCGACUUUAUCUGCAAAAAACUUUGCAAAAGCAUUGCAGGAGAACUUGGGGUCCCUAGCAUGCCCCGGUGACGAAGGUGGUUCCAGUAGAUUGCGAACCACCUGAAAGAGUCUCCUGCUGCUGUUUUCUGCAGAUUCAAUAGAGGCGGUGAAGAAGGUCCUCUUCGCCAUCGCCACUUGGUAGGCUCGACGUUGAGCCCCUACCCAUGUCCAGUCCGAUUCAGAAUGAGUUUUCCGCUACCUGUGCUCUAGCCAUCUCAACAAUUGUUUCAUUGCCAACAGCUCCAGGGAAAACCACGGGGCUGUCCGGGCUCCAUGCAAUCAGAGAGGGCACUUCGGAGCCAGACAGUCAAUAGCCCUGGUUAACUCCACAUUCCAACGCGACACCAGAGAAUCAGCUGAAAGGCCACCAACAUGGGAUAAAACAUCCCCUACCACUCUCUGGAAACCAGUUGGAUUCAUUAAGUGGCAGGGGCGGACCAUCCGAAUUGGUCCCACCUCCCUGCAGAGGGGAAGGGUCGCAGAGAAGUCCAGUUGCACCAGGAAGUGAUCUGACCAUGGCACUUCUUUUGUUUCACUUUUACUUAGUGUCAGAUCACCAGCAUCCAUAGAGGUGAACACCAGGUCUAAGGCAUGUCCACGAUUAUGAGUUGGGCCAAACUUAUUCAGGGACAGCCCCAUGGAGGCCAUGCUUUCCACGAAGUCCCGAGCAGCCCCUUGUAAGGUCGUGUCGGCAUGGAUGUUAAAAUCCCCCAGGACAACCAAACUAGGUGUCUCCAGGAGGACAUCCGCCACGACCUGAAGCAGCUCGGGCAGGGAAUCCUUGGUGCAGCGGGGAGGUCGGUUGUCAGGAAUCCAGCCUCCAGCUCGACCACACAGGGAGCGUAGUUCAGUAGAAAGGAUGAUUUAUUGACCAAGUACACAGAUAACGCACGACGGCAUUAACACAGCUGCCGCCCUCAUGAAUUAUGAUGACUCUUCUGCCGAGUCCCUCCCCUUCCCCCAAUUUAAAUGGAACUUCUGACCCUUACUUUUCUGCUUCCGCAUCCUAUCACACACACUCCCCCAGCGGUGACUCUGUGGGCUCAUUGGAUCCUCUCCAAUUUCUUCCUGAGAAGACAGGCUGUCAAUCUUCUCUUACUCACCUUUCUCUUCCUGCCUACUUCCCUCUCUGAAAGGUGGCUAGGCUGGCUCAUUCAUGACAUUGGUACACCAAAAGGAAUCCUGUGCUGCCCUUAUUGCCCAACUUCCAGAACAUUCACUCAGAAAACUGGGUCUUCCCAACGGGACACCUGGUGCAAACUAAUGACUUCCUAGAAAUCACUGCAACCCCCCCUCCCCGCCCACAUGACCUGGGUUGCUGUGCGUAAGAGAAACCUGGUGGACAAGCAGCAGCAAGGACAGGCCCAUCUGCUUCAUCCAACCAGGUCUCUGUCACACAUGCCAGGUCAAAUCCUCCAUCCACAAUCAGGUCGUGGAUGGCAGUGGUUUUAUUCAUCAUUGACCUGGCAUUGCACAGCAACACUUUCAGGUCAUGUGGGUUUCCCUUGCUGAUUCCAGUAUCCUUCUGGUCAGGACUAGACCUGGAGGCAGGGAUAGUCCUCAAACAACGACUAAGCCUGCCUCCUCGGUAAUGACAUGGUCUGAUCUUAGCGUAGCUCCUCCUCCUGCCCAUGAUCACUGAGAUUGGGUGUCCUGGUGCUUCUGCCCCUGUGGAACCUGCCCCAGCCAUUCUGUUGGCUGAGACCCACUCCCAGGCAGCCCUGACCCUUUCCCCUUAAAAAGCAAAAUACAAACUAUACAAUAACCUAACAAAGCAAGUAAAAGUAAAAACAAAGCAAGAAACAAUUAUGCUAAAAUUAAACUAAUCCCCACCCCAACUAAACAUUUGUCCCACCCCAAACAGAAAGAAAAUAAUAAAAUAAAAUAAAUAAUAAAAAGCCACCAUUUGAGGUGCAACAAAUUAACGCUUUUAAAACACUUAAAAACAUUUUCGCCACUUGCUGCAGAGAGCUGCUCAGAGUACGUGUGGGCCCUGCCCCCUAGGCCCGAUGGAAUUGGCUUGCAGGAGGGAGACGUCUUCCUAAACACUCAAAGCAGUCGCAGCAGCAGCAGUUGUCGACGGGGAUGUCAAAGAAGCCCUGGGCCAGGGAUAAUAAUAAUAAUCAUAAUAAUAAUUUAUUUAUACCCCACCCAUCUGGCUGGGUUUCCCCAGCCACUCUGGGCAGUUCCCUAUUAUUAUUAUUAUUAGGCAUCUGAGAAAAGCAGUUGAAAAAUGUCAAAAAAAGCAGACAGCCCCAUAAUAACAUACCGUAUUUUUCGUUCUAUAGGGCGCACCGGCCCAUAGGACGCACCUCGUUUUUUUUGGGGGGGGGAAAUGAAUUUAAAAAAUAAGACCCCCCCCCCGCCGCGGCGGCCGCCCCAAGCCUCGCGUACUUCGGGCUGCAGGCUACCGCCCCAAGCCUCGCGCGCUCGGCGGGACCUCCCACCGGGCGCGCGAGGCUUGCAGACACUCGCCUAAAGCACGGGGAGCCCUCCGGAGGGCUCCCCGUGCUUCGGGCGACAGGCUGCCGCCCCAAGCCUCGUGCGCUCGGCGGGACCUCCUGCCGGGCGCGCAAGGCUGCGGACACUCGCCCGAAGCACGGGAGCCCUCCGGAGGGCUCCCGUGCUUCGGGCGACAGCUGCCGCCCGAAGCCUCGCGCGCUCGGCGGGACCUCCUGCCGGGUGCGCAAGGCUUGCAGACACUCCCGAGCACGGGGAGCCCUCCGGAGGGCUCCCCGUGCUUCGGGCGACAGGCUGCCACCCCAAGCCUUGCGCGCUCGGCGGGACCUCCUGCCGGGCGCGCAAGGCUUGCAGACACUCGCCGAGCACGGGGAGCCCUCCGGAGGGCUCCCGUGCUUCGGGCGACAGGCUGCCGCCCGAAGCCGCGCGCGCGCGGCGGGACGUCCUGCCGGGCGGGCAAGGCUUGCGGAUACUCGCCGGGGCUGCAGGCUGCUGCCUGCAAGCCUUGUGAGCCCGCGGGAACUCCCACCGGGCUUGCAAGGCUUGCGGAUAGCUUCCUGAAGCCUGGAGAGCGAGAGGGGUCGGUGCGCACCGAUGCCUCUCGCUCUCCAGGCUUCAGCGAAAGCCUGCAUUCGCUCCAUAGGACGCACACACAUUUCCCCUUCAUUUUUGGAGGGGAAAAAGUGCGUCCUAUGGAGCGAAAAAUACGGUAGUCAACGUAAUAAUACCAUAUUGGCCCAAAUACAAGCCUCACUUUUUUCCCAAAUUCCGACCGUGAAAAGUUAAAGUGCAGCUUAUUUUCAGGCCAAUACGGUAGUAUAUCUGAAGAAGUGUGCAUGCACACAAAGGCUCAUACCAAUAACAAACUUAGUUGGUCUCUAAGGUGCUACUGGAAGGAAUUUUUUUAUAGUAUUAUUAUUAGGCAUCUGAUGAAAGCAGUUGAAAACAUCAUAAAAAGCACACCAACAGACAGCCCCGUAAUAACAUAGUCCACUUAAUAAUAAUGUAUUGGCCCAAAUAUAAGUUGCACCUGAAUAUAAGCCACACCUUUAAAAUUCAAGGGGGAAAAAUAAAAAAAGAUAAUAAAAUUCUGCAGGCACUCAUCCCCGUUCCGUUUUACUGUAUGUCUGUUUCAACAGAGAUAUCGUAAAAGCCAGUUUUUGUAAGGUCGCAAAUUUAAGUCGCGCUUUAACUUUUCAUGGUCAGAAUUUGGGGAAAAAGUGAGGCUUAUAUUCAGGCCGAUACGGCAUUGUUGUUGUUGUUGCUAUUACUACCACCAUUUGUGUCACGUAAUGCUCAAAUAUUUAACAACACCAAUUAUUAUUAUUAAAAUUAAAAAGUACACCAUUAACAUAAGUGUUGAAUAGUCAAAUAUUUAGAAAGUCCACACGUGGCCAUGUGGGCUGGACUAAAUGAGCCCUGGGGGUCUCACCUGGAUCUGAGAGGCGUGCAGGUCCAUAGUGAUGAUGUGGUCGGCGCCAGCCACCAAGAGCAUGUUGGCGACUGGCUUGGCAGAGAUGAGCACCCGGCUCUGCAAUGGAAAGUGGGCCGUUGAAUCAGACGCCAUGCUACAACUCCCAGCGUGCCUGGAAGCAGAACUCCCAUCCUGCAUAGCCAGCAGGACUCCAACUCCCAUCAUUCUGAGUAGGAAGGACUGCAACUCCCAUCAGGACUCUCUGCCCGCACUACACUUCCCAUCAUUCUGUGCUGAUAGGAUCUCAAAUCCAAGCAUGUCUAUCCGGAAGGACUCCAACUUCCAUCAUGCCUAGGCAGCCAGACUAUACCACCUCUCAUACCUAGCUGAUACGAUCACAAACCCCAUCAUGCCAAACUGGCAGGACUACAACUCCCAUCAUUCCCAGCUGAUACGAUUACAAAUCCCAUCAUACCAGGGUGGGGAGAUAUAUAUAUAUAUAUAUAUAUAUAUAUAUAUAUAUAUAUAUAUAUACUGUGUGUGUGUGUGUGUGUUUCUUUUGAUUUAAAUAGGGCUUUUUAAAAAAUAAUAAUAAAAAAAAUGCUUUUGGAGGAAAAAUCUUUCUAAAGAUAGUUUUCUAUUUAAGAUACAUUCUAGUCCAAAGGCUAUUCAUCAGGAAAUAAGGAUUUGUUUUAAGUUUUUCAUGUGUGCUAAAACUUAGUCUGUUUUUUUUUAUUUAAAAAAAUUGUUUAAACACAUCAGUUAACAAACAUGGAUACAUAUGGUAUUGUUUUAGUGAAAUAAAUGGUUUGAAUUGUGAUUAAGGAAAUGAUUCUUUUUCUCCUUCCAAUCAAGUACAGUCAUACCUCGGGUUACAGACGCUUCAGGUUGCGUUUUUUCGGGUUACGGACCUGCCGAAACCCGGAAGUACCGGAAAGGGUUACUUCCGGGUUUCAGCAGUCACGCAUGUGCAGAAGCGCCAAAUUGCAACCCACAUGUGCGCAGAUUCGCCGCUGCGGGUUGCGAACGUGCAUCCCGCACGGAUCACGUUUGCAACCUGAGCGUCCACUGUACAGCAGAAAAGUUGUCCAAAUAGAAACAGUUAACUUAUUAAACCUUACCAUAAUUUCAUAAUUAUCUGUCUAUGUAUUUUUAAGAGUAGAACCAAAUCAGUCAUUUUUUAUUUAACUGUAAAAAUGACUCUGGAAAUUUAUUAUUCCAAAAAUGAUAUCUUCGUCUUGCUGUAAAUAUUAAGAUGGUACUGGCAAGAAUGAGUCUUUCUGUAAAAAAAUGCCUUAAAUCAAAUCCACUCUGGCGUUAGGAUUAAUCUUUAGUACAUUUGUUUGUUGAUUUACCGUAUAUGAAAUAGAAUAAUAAGAUUUAGAAUUGGAAGGGACACGAAGGGUCAUCUAGUCCAAUCCCUUGCAAUGCAGUAAUCAGUGCUGUGCCUUAUUACUCCAGUACGUUAUAACAAGAGUCAAAUUAUUGAUGAAGGCAUUACCCGCUUCAGUAAUUGGUGUUGGUGCUGACCUUUAAAGCCCUGAACGGCCUCGGUCCAGUAUACCUGAAGGAGCGUCUCCACCCCCAUCGUUCUACCCAGACACUGAGGUCCAGCACCGAGGGCCUUCUGGCGGUUCCCUCACUGCGAGAAGCCAAGUUACAGGGAACCAGGCAGAGGUCCUUCUUGGUAGUGGCGCCCUCCCUGUGGAACGCCCUCCCACACAGUAUUUUAAUAUUCUUUUUUUUGGUGUUUUUUUUAAAUUCUUUUUAUUAAUUUUCAGUAACCAAACCAAAAAAACAAUAAACACACCAAAGAAAAAAGAAAACAUCGACCAAAACAGCAAACAUAAACCAACCAAAAGACAGACAUUAAUUAAUUAACAACAAAUAAUGGUUGACUUCCUUCCAUCUCGGUUUUGGGUUAUGUAAAAUAAUAAUUCCAUUCUGCAGUUUCCGUUUUGUAUCAUCUACACAUCGCAAGAAUUAUGUUAAACCUACUGUGAUUUUUAAAUCUCUAGAAUUUGUUUCCAUGUAUGUUAUAAAUUUAGUCCAAUCGUCAGUAAACUUUGUACCUUUUUGCUGUCUGAUAUACUGCGUCAUUUUUGCCAAUUCUAUAUAUUCAAAUAAUUUAAUUUGCCAAUCUUUAAUGGUCGGGAUAUUUGGGGUUUUCCAAUUUUGUGCUAACAGGAUCCUGGCAGCUACAGUUGCGUAUUGAAACAUUAUGUGGUCUUCUUUCUUAAUCUCGUCUCCGAUCAUUCCCAGAAGGAAGGCUUCGGGUUUUUUAACAAAGGUGUAUUUAAAUAUUUUUUUUCAAUUCAUUGUAUAUGGAUUCCCAAUUUUUUUUGAUUUCUUCGCACUUCCACCACAUAUGGUAAAAACUUCCUUCUUUAGUUUUACAUUUCCAACACCUUUUAUCCCCGGUCUUAUACAUUUUAUCCAAUUUCACAGGGGUGAUGUACCAACGGUACAUCAUCUUUUCCAUAUUUUCUCUAAGGGUGGUGCAGGCUGUGAAUUUCAUUCCUUUACUCCACAACCUCGUCCAUUUAUCAAAAACCAAAUUGUAUCCAAUAUCUAUCGCCCAUUUUACCAUAACUUCCUUGACCUCCUCGUCCUUAGUGUCCCAUUCUAAUAGCUGGUUAUACAUUUUGGAUAGAAGUUUGGUUUUACUUUCUAUUAUCUCUACCUGGAACCUAGAUUUUUUCUCAUUCAUCCCAGUCUUUUUGUCUUCCUUCCAUAAGGCAUUAAUUUGAUGAUACUGUAGCCAACCUGUUAGUUUGUUUUUUAACUCUUCAUAUGGUCAAAUUUUUCAUCCUCUUUCUGUUCUUUCCAGGAGGUCUUCAUAGGUCCAUCUCUCACCUUCUAUAUUUAUUUUUUUAAUAGUUAAGAUAUCAAUAGGCGAUAGCCACCAGGGGGUAUUUUUUUCCAACAGUUUUCUAUUCUUUUCCCAUACCUCUAACAGUGUUCCUCUAAUAAUAUGAUUUGAGAAGCCUUUAUGCACCUUUUCCUUAUUCUGCCAGAGAUACGCAUGCCAGCCGAAUCUUAAAUCGAAGCCUUCCAAGUCCAGCAAGUCUGUGAUUUUUAAGACGAUCCACUCUCUGAGCCAACAAACGCACGAGGCUUCAUAAUACAAUCUCAGAUUUGGGACCGCAAAUCCUCCUCUGUCUUUUCUAUCCGUUAACAAUUUAAAUCUAAUUCUCGGUCUUUUGCCUUGCCAUAUAAAUUUGGAGAGAAUUUUUUGCCAGUUUUUGAAUAUUGUACUUCCUCUAAUCACCGGGACAUUUUGGAAUAAAAAUAAUAGUUUCAGCAGUAUACACAUCUUAAUUGCUGCCAUUCUACCUGACCAGGAGAGUUUUAUCCUGUUCCAAAUAUCUAAUUCCUUUUGAAUUUCUUUCCAAGUGUUUAUGUAGUUGUCGGCCAUUAAAUUUAUAUUUUUCAUCGUUAGCCAAACUCCCAGGUAUUUUACCUUUUUUGCUUCUUUGAUUCCAGAUUGAAGUUCUAACUGCCUCCUUAAAUCUUCCCCCAUAUUCAAUCAAUCAAUUUCUUUAUUCGACCGAUAGUCAGAAUUAAAACAUUACACAAUAAUUAUAAGCUAUAACAUCAUAAGUUACAUAAGGUACAUAAGUAAGGUAGAGCCACAGUACUAGAUCUCUCACAGAUAACCCACGUCAAGGCAUUCAAUUAUACGUUUCCGACACUUGAGUGCCAGGAAAAGAAAUUUAGCCACUGACAAGGUUGUUUUCCCAGAAGACUUAUUUAGCAGAUAUGCUGUCUGCUUUCCUCUUUGUCGGGAACUGAGCUGGGGUAAGUAUGGAGUUAUAAGAUACUGUCUUAAAUCGUUGUAGAAGGGACAGCUCAAUAAAAUGUGCUCUGUGGAUUCUACCUCACCCAAUGCACAGUGGCAUAAUCUCUGGUCAUAUGGGACUCCUCCAUAUCUUCCCUUCAGGACCGCCGAGUCAAGAACAUUCAGCCUAGCCGCAGUAAAUAGUCUGCGGUAUUCCACGUAGUGGAUAUCCGCCAGGUAGCGAGCUGGGGCAGCCCGAUACAACUGCUCCCCCAGAAACAACCCAGGUUUCACACGGGCUAUGUCCUCCUGUCUGGCAAUAUCCCUUAAUCUUUGCGCGAUCACCGCCUUUGCGUGGCUAUACGUCAUGGACUCUAUAUAAAGGGAGGACAACCCACACUUCUGCACUUCCUCCACUAUCUCCCCUUCCCAUGGAGAUUUAAAGUUAUCCCUCAGAAUCAAGGGGGCCAAACCCACCGGUCUGAAACAGAGCUUGAGCCAUAGCCAUAACUUCGCUUUCAGGGCCACAUACCUAAAGGCUUGACAACCGGUUUCCAGCCUCAUGAUCGCACCUGCCACAGAGGGGGAUCCUGAGUAUGGCCCUGAGGAAUUGGGUUUGGAUAGAUUCCAAUUUUUCAAAAUCCCUACGUGAGCCCAAGGCAAUGCCCACCAGCAGAAGAGGGAGGACUUUCAUUUUAAAGAGACGUAAGGCAACAUUGACAGUUUGUGCCUGUUUCUUGGAGUACAGGGUUCUAAUCAUCAGGGCUGCUUUGGAUGCGUUCGAGGCUAUGUAUUCUCUGUGCGCCAGGAAGGACCUAUUUGAUCUUACAACCUGACCCAGGUACUUGAAGCAACUGACCUGCUCUAGAGGAAUACCAUUAAUUGACCAUAAAUUAGGUUUCGGUCGAGCAGCAAAGACCAUUAUUUUGGUCUUGGCAUAAUUUAAUUGGAGCUCGUGUUGGGUCUCAUAUUCAUGAAGAGCUCGAAGCAUCCUCCUUAAUCCGAUGGGGGAGGUAGCUAAUAGGGCGGCAUCGUCCGCAUACAGUAGGACAUUCAAGGCUCGUCCUGCCAGUUUUGGUGGAUGGAAAUCAGCAUUUGCCAUAUGCACCACUAGCGAAUUUAUAUAGAAGUUAAACAGAGCAGGGGCAAGCAAACAGCCCUGUCUUACCCCCCUAGUGGUGGCAACCGGGUUGGAGACUAGCCCCUUACUAUCUAUCCUAAUCCUCAAGAGGGUAUUUGUAUGCAAAUUAAUAAUCAGCAAGAGAAGGCGGCGGUCGAUAGAUGUCGCUGCCAAUUUUGUCCAUAGCUGGUUCCUGGGAAUUAGAUCAAAGGACUGCUUAAAGUCUAUAAAGGCGACGUGGAGGGCUUUUAGGCCAUUGCCAGCGUACUUGGUGGCCAAGUGAUUUAGGAUUAAGAUUUGGUCUGUUGUUGAUCUUCCGGGCGGAAACCCGCCUGUUCCUCUGCGAUGAUAUUGUUGCUUUCCAUCCAGGUCGUUAAUUUGUUAAGUAGAAAUCUUGAAUAGAUCUUCCCGAUAACAUUUAGCAGGCUAAUUGGUCUAAAAUUGGCCGGGUCUGUGCGCGGCCCUUUCUUGUGAAUUAACACAAUCAGUGCAGAGUUCCAGCUUGGAGGAAAUUGUGCUGUUUUGUUUAUAUAAGUAAAAAGAGCUGCUAGGGGUGGACACCACCAAUCCUUAUUGGCUUUAAUAACAUCUAUGGAAAUAAGAUCGUCUCCGGGUGCCUUGCCCGCCUCAAAUUGGCCUAUAAGUGUUUCCACUUCAGAGCAGGUAACAAGGUCCCACUCUGGCAAGGGGGCCAAAUCUAACCUUCCUCCGCUAGCUGCGUGAGCUGCAUAUAAAACGGAGAAGAAGCUUUCCCAGGUGUCAGCUGAAAUUUGGGGUUCUAUCCUUGACAACGGUCUACCCAGGUAUCUGGAAAUUUGGUGCCAAAAGGAGGAGGGAUUUCUAUUUUCUGCAGCUUUUAGAAGGUUCUUCCAAUCAUUUCUUUCUGCCGCACGCUUCUUUUCCUUUAAUAGUGCUUUAUACCUUCUCUUGAGGAUCAUAAGGUGACUGCUAGGUGCGGAGUCAUUUGAUGCCCUAUAUGCCAAGAAUUCAUUAUAUAGGUUGUUCUUGAAGUGCCUACAUUCCUCAUCAAACCACUUUUUAUGAGAGAAAUGGUUACUAUUCAUUACCGGGGUCUUAGCCAACGAAGGUUUUAGCAGUUCUACUAAAUUGUCAUAUAUUGGCAGUGGCUCAACUGCCUGGAUAAGGAGUCCCUUGUCUCUUGCAGUUGGUCAGACCAAAGGAGUUCAUUUAUCCGUUGAGCCAUAUUGUCGGUCCAUUUUAAGGCAGUGGGCCUCAUCUGAAGCUGGUUAUUUGUAAUAGGCACGCAGGAGUAGGUAGCCAAUUCUCCAUCCAGGGUCAGAGAAAGUUCUAAUGGAAAAUGGUCACUUUCCAGCCUCGUUACCACCCUAAAGUUGGAAAUUUUGGGAAUUAGGUCUGCUGAUGUCCAAAUAAAGUCUAUGGUAGAGGCUCGGGAGCCUGACCAGAAAGUAAAUUCGGCAGGGUAAUCAGAACUGAGAGCUCCGUUUAAAAGGUGAAAAUUAAGAGCCAUCAAAGUUUGUCUACAUUUAAAACCUGCAUAUGUAGCAACACUGUCUUUAAAAUUCCUGGGUAAAAGGUCUGAGGUUAAAAUGGGUAGUGAGGGAUAUUUAUUAUAUUUAGCAAAUAAUGAUUUAUCAGAGUGAGACAAUCGGCCAUUGAAAUCUCCUGCAACUAGGAAGGUGGCUUCAGGAUAUUUCUCUAGGAGAGUUUCAAGAGUCUGUUGAAUUUCCCUCCAUCUUUGGACCACCAGGUUUUUCUUAUAGAUUGGGUGCAAAUAAACACUUCCCCCAUAUUCUUAACCAUCAUUUUAGUUUUGGUUUUAUUUAACUUAAAGCCCGCUACUUUCCCAAAUUCCUCUAAAAGUACCAGAACUUCAUCGAUACUUUUUUGGGGGUCCUCCAACGAUAUUACCAAAUCAUCAGCGUACGUUUAUAUUCUUUCACCCCUAUUCUGAUUCCUCGUAUCUCUGGCGCUUUCCUUAUCUUAUUUGCAAUUACUUCUAAUACCAUUAUAAAUAAGAGCGGUGACAGGGGGCAGCCUUGUCUUGUACCCUUAGAGAUUUCGAAUGCGUCAGUUAAAUUAUUGUUAAUAAUCAGUUUGGCUCUUUGACUUGAGUAGAUUGCUUUAAUUCCCUCCAUGAAGGCACCUUCUAUCCCUGCUGUCUCCAUGCACUUUAAUAGAAACUGCCAGGAUACAUUAUCGAAUGCUUUUUGUGCAUCGAUAAAAAUUAAUACCGCAGGGAUUUCAUUCUUCUUUUCCAGGUAUUCAAUGAUGUUAAUUAUGUGCCUGACAUUAUCUUUUAAUUGUCUAUUAGGAAGGAAUCCAGCUUGAUCCAUAUGUAUUACAUUUUUUAAAUAUUUCUUGAGUCUGUUUGCCAUUAUUUCAGCAAAUAUUUUGUAAUCAUUGUUAAGGAGCGAUAUCAGUUUGUAGUUUUUUAUAUUCAAUUUGUCUGAGUCCGCUUUAGGUAUCAACGUGAUGUGUGCAUCUUUCCAGGAGUCCGGUAUCUUCCCUCCUUGUAGGAUGUUAUUCAUUACAUCGCAUAGCACCGGGGCUAAGUACUCCUCCAAAACUUUAUAGUAUUUGGCCGAUAAUCCAUCUGGGCCCGGUGCUUUCCCAAGUUUCAUUCUCUUUAUUGCCUCCUGGACUUCAUAUAUUGUUAUGGACUUGUUCAGUUGGGUUUUCUCUUCCUCCGUUAUGGAUGUUAAUCUGUUGUUAUCUAAAUAUUUUCCUAUUUCUAUUAAAUCUUCUUCUCUUUUGUAUAGUUUUUUUAAAAAAAUUAGGAAAUUUUUCUUUAUUUCAUUUGGGUCUUCCACAAGCCGUUCUUCUAUUUUUAUCUUAUUAAUCACAUUUUGCUUUUUCCUUUUUCGUAGUUGCCAGGCCAAGAACUUCCCCGUUUUGUUUGCUGAUUCGAAAUUUUUUUGCCUCAUUGAUUUAUUUCUCCAUUCUACUUCUUGGUUAAUUAACAUUGAGUAUUGUAAUUGUAGCAAUUUCGAUGUUUGUUUAAUCUGUUCAUCACUCAGAUUUGUUAUUAAUUUUUUCUCACAUUCUCUUAAUUGGGUCAGGAUUCCAUCUUUCUUUUGUUCUCUCAUUUUUCCCCUGUAACUGUUUUGUUGAAUUAGAAAGCCUCUUAACACCGCCUUACUGGCAUCCCAAACUAUAUCUAUGUUUGUCUCUUUAUUCAGAUUUAAAUCAAAAAAGUAUUUUAAGGUGUUUUUAGCCUUCUCAGUCACAUCAUCGUUUUCAAAUAGAUACUCAUUCAUUCUCCAUCUAUACGCCCCCUGAAUUCCACACUUAAUUUCCAGGGAUAUUGAAUUAUGAUCGGAAAGUGUUCUGGGUUGUAUUUCACAUUUUUCAACUCUUGUUACUAGUUCUCUUGAUACCCAAAUCUGGUCUAUUCUGCCCCAGCUCUGGUGCGGCUCUGAAAAAUAUGUAAAUUGUUUUGUCAAUGGGUAUUUGUGUCUCCAGAUAUCCGUCAAGUCUAAAUUUUCUUCAAGGUUUUUGAACGAUCUUGGUAAUUUCCUUAACUCAAUUUUUUCCUUUUUGCACUUCUGUCUAGUUCUGGUAUUGGUACUCCGUUUAAGUCACCAAGUAAAAUCAAUUUAUGAGUCUCUAAAUCCAAUAAUAUUUGUUCCAGUUUUUUGAAGAAUUCUGCUUUAUUCGUAUUUGAAGCAUAAACAGUUACCACAUUGAAUUUUUCUCCCUGAUGAUUAAUUUGUAUUCCCAAAAUUCUCCCUUCCUCAUCCUUGCAUAUUAAUUUAGGGUCCCAUUUUUCUUUAGCGUAUAUCACUACUCCUCUUUUUUGUUUGCAUCUGAGUUAAUAAAUUCAGCCCCCAACCUUUUAUUUAUCAGAAUAUGAUUGGUUUUUUUGGCCACAUGUGUUUCCUGACAGCAUAUCACAUCAAAAUUCUUUUUCAUCAAAACCUUCGAGAUUUUAUUCCUUUUAGAUUUGUCAUUUAAUCCGUUCACAUUCCAAGAUAGAAAUUUAAGAGUCAUUAUCGUGUUUUUUAAUUUAAUUUUAUUUUUAAUUCGUACUACCCACGUUUUCAGGCUUAUAGUCUAGUUUUCCUGUUCCUUAUAAUUUCUUCCUCUUCUUCUCCUCCCACUGCGCCUUCUUCCUCUUCUUCUUCCUCUUUCUCCUCUACUUCUUUCCCUUUCUCCACUUUCUCUUUUUCCUUCUUUCCUUCUCUUUCCCUCCCUCUCCUCUGUAAUUCUCUCUCUUUCUUCAAAUCUUUCUUCCACUUUCCCUAGCUCCUUCUCAUAUCUUCUCAGAAAUUUUUCCACUUCUUGGGUAUUCAUCAGUCUAAAUCUCUUGUCUUUGUAAUAGAAGGUAAUCCCUUCUGGGAAUUCCCAUCUAUAAGAUAUAGCAUUCCUUUUCAGAACACUUACUAUUUGUCUAUAUCUGUCUCGUUUACGCAAGAGCCUGAUUGGAAUUUCUUUAAAUAUGACAAUAGGUCUUCCUUCAAUUAUUAAUUUUUUUUUAUAGCUCAUUCUUAGGAUCAUAUUUUUCAUCUCAAUUGAAUUGAAGACCACUAGGCAGUCACCAACCAAUUUUUUCGAUUUAGCUUGUUGCGUUUUCCCUCUAAUUCUGAAUGCCUUGUCUACCGUGUAGGCUACCUCUUCCUCUUUCAAUUCUAGCCAUUUAGAUAGCUCUCUAAUCAUUUUUUCUUUUACAUUCUCAUUUACUUCCUCUCCAACUCCUCUAAAUUUUAAGUUGAGCUGUUUCUGCCGCAUUUCUACCAUGGCUAGAUUAUCCGACAGUUGGUCUUGUCUGUUAUUCCAUUCUCUUAUUUCCUCCUUUAUUUUUUCUGUCUCUUUCUUUUGUUCUUUCAUCUCCUUUUGAAUUUUCUUAUUUGCUUCUUCAAUUGAUUUUGACCUAACUGUCAAAUCUUGAAUCUUACUACGGCCCCUUCUAUUUUCUUGUCUAUCCUCACUGCACCUCUCCUAGUUUAUUUACCAUAUGUACCUCACUUUGUUUAAAUUCCUCCUUAAUCUUUAACCACAAGAUGUCUAAAUCUUUGAUUUCCUCUUGUCGAGACGCUUUCCUUUCCCCAGGGGUCCCUCCUACCUUUUUUCCAUUUUCCCCCGACAUUUUGCGUUAUUUUCCCAAAUUUUCAAUUUUAUUGCAUUAAUCUCUCCCUUAGAGGGCGUACAAUCUCUCUCUCUUGCUCUAUCUAAAUCCUGUACCUCCGAAUAUCUUCCUCCCAAGAUUUCAGACCCAAGUGGUACCUCUGUUACCAAAAAUAUAAACGGAACACAGUCCAAUCCAGAUAAUAAAGAUCAUAUAAACACAGAUACAGAUUAUUCCAUAAUUUCCUCUCUGAGUCCGAAAUAUAUCUACUAAGGAUGAGAUGUCUAUUACCUUAAAUCUCCUUGUAUAGUAAUUGUAAUUUACUCCGAACUCACAGAAUUAGAAACUUUAAGUUUUAAAUUAAAGAUCUUUCCCACAAGAGCCCCAAACGUAGUCCUCUAAUAAUGCUUGGUUUGUUUCCCUAAUAGAGUCCAAAUAAUUUAAGCCUAAUUGAAAAGUAAUCCUAUUUGCAUAAUUUUUUCUGAGAGAUCGAAAAGAGCAGGGAGUACGGAGAAACAAUUUUCUUAUAAACAAAGCAUAAUUUUCAGAUAGUCCUAAUUGGUCCUAAUCAGUUCUAAUCAGUUCCGGUGUCUUCCGCCACUUGUCGGCUUAAUCCAACUUAGGUAUAAUGUCUUCCACGAUUGUUGUCACGUCAAAGUCCCCCCCCCCCAAAAAAAAAGAAAAGAGAAAAAACCCCUCAAAAUACAGAGUCGUGAUUUGUUUCACUUAGAUGUCAAAUUGACCAAAUGACCUCAAUGUCGAAAGUCAUUAAAUAGAUCCAGAGUGUCAGCAUCACCCUUGAGCCAGUGCCACCAAGUGGACUCAUCCACUUCAGCCCCGACUGGGCUAGGCGAGCUGGGUAGCACUUCCAGAGACCACCUUCUGCACAGGAACAGGUCAAAGUGCUGUGGACUCACAGCUUAGAGUUGUGAGCACCGGAUUCACUCCAACAAGAAGACAGUCGUCGCACAGCAGAGUACAGCAGAGUCUAGCAGAGUAUAUAAACAACUCGGAGAGCAGCUCUGUAGAAUAUCUUCUUUAUUCUAUAACUAAAACUAUACAAACUAUAUACAGAGCUUAAUAGGUCUAAGCAUAAAUAAAUGCUGCACUGCACUGAGUGUCUGCAGCUGCUCUUAGCAGCAACCUUAUCUCUACACACGAUCUCUAACACUCAGUCUCUCUCUCUCUCCGACACUGACUGACUGACUGACUGACUCGGUGCUGGAGCAGAAUAAGUAGAGAGCAGAACACGCCUCCUCCUCUCUGGAGAAUCAGCAGACUCCUCAGGAGAUUCUUGGAUAUGGGAGGGGUGAAAUCUCCUCACAGAGAUCAUUCAGCUUUGCGAAAUCAAAUGUAAUUUAGUUUGGGAAUGGGAAUUUAAAUUGUAAUGAAAGAGGUGAGUUCAAUAUGAAAUAGCAUGGAGCAGGGAGAGUAGGUGUAAUUUCCAGUCUUGACCACUGAGGUCAGAGUCUAGAUUCUUCCAUCACUUUCCAGCUCAGUCCAUUUCAGAUAUCCUCCUGCAGAGCCAAUCCCCUGCCGCUUCAGUGAUUGUAAAAAUAAAAAGGUUUAGGGAGUCCCUCCAAGAUGAAAGUAAGUGUCCGCAGAGUUCCCCAAGUCCUUAAUAUUGUUCAAGGAAGAAAAAAAAAUUAGCAGGAGUUUCGAAUACAACCUAAUAUAGGAGAAGGUGGAAGGGUAAUCACUCGUUCACUUAAUAUGGUGAGGAGGAGGUGAAGAGUUAGAGCUGAUCUUACUAUGGUGAGGAGGGGAUGACGAGUUAGAGCUGAACUUAACUUUAGUGAUUCUUUAUACACCUCCUUCCAUUAUCUCUUUAAAGUCCUUUAAUGUUCUUUUACCUCCCCCUUCUGAGUGGAAUCUCUUUAAAUCACCCAAGGGAAAAAAAAAGGAGCGUAAGUUUUCAUGCAUUCAUUCGUUUCCCUUCUCCUUAAAGCCUUCUCAAAUCUUUUCGGGGUCUUCUUGACUAUCACUCUAUUGAGAUAAAUGAGCGUGGUUACUUUUUACCUUUUGUCUUCCCAGCGCUAAAGGUAUUCAAAGUCUCUAGUCAGUUCCUUAUUAGUUACUUUGUAUUUUAUAAGUCUGUCUGCCGCAGCAAAAAAGUUGCCGUGGACUUUUUGUUUUGUACUCACUCAGAUAGGCAAUCAGUCACUUCCUUUCUUAUUCUUGCGACUUUGUUUCCUGCGCCAUUUUCCCCUCAAUCGGGAUGAAUUCCCUGCUUUCAAUCUUUAAACAUCCGAAAUUCACUUGGUACGAUCUUCAAGAUUUUAGGAUAAAAAUAUUCCACUUUCACCAAGGAUUUCAUUCUUAUGUUUCUGGAGAUUCAUUGCGCUUCUCAGGGGAAGCUGAGGGCAUCUCAACACAGGGUCGGUGCUUUCCCGCUUGCGUUCGCAGUCUCGUCGUCCUCGAGUUCUUUCAAAGAGAAAAAAACCCGAAAACACAGCGAAACCACUCUUCCGCUGCUGGGUAGCCUGUCCCUCAAGGGUCCCCCCCUUGAGAUUUUUGGGGUGCGCAGUGCCCUUGCGACUCCCCCAAGCCCCCGUGUUGCCCUGGAAAACCCCAACGAGGUUUUCCGUGCUUCCUCGCUGUCCGCGAGUCAAACCGGAAGUCCUUUUAAUAUUCUUUUGGAAGCCGCCCAGAGUGGCUGGGGAAACCCAGCCAGAUGGGCGGGGUAUAAAUAAUAAAUUAUUAUUAUUAUUAUUAUUAUUAUUAUUAUUACCUUGCUGUCUGUCCUCUCUGGUUCUCACCAUAUAUGCAAGCUUAAUCAUGUGCAGUACAGGUGAAACUCGAUAAAUUAGAAUAUCGUGGAAAAGUUCAUUUAUUUCAGUAAUUCAACUUAAAAGGUGAAACUAAUAUAUGAGAUAGACUCAUGACAUGCAAAGCGAGAAAGCGAGAUAUGUCAAGCCUUUAUUUGUUAUAAUUGUUAUAUUUGUUAUAAUUGUUAUAAUUGUGAUGAAAACCCCAAAUUAACAAUCUCAGAAAAUUAGAAUAUUAAAUGAAAUCAGCAAAACAAGGACUGCAAAUAGAGCCAUAUUGGACCUCUGAGAAGUAGACACAUGCAUAUGUACUCAGUUUGGGCCCCUUUUGCAUCAAUUACUGCCUCAAUGUGGCGUGGCAUGGAUGCUAUCAGCCUGUGGCACUUCUGAGGUGUUAUGGAAGACCAGGAUGCUUCAAUAGCAGCCUUCAGCUCUUCUGCAUUGCUCAGUCUCAUGUCUCUCAUCUUUCUCUUGGCAAUGCUCCAUAGAUUCUCUAUGGGGUUCAGGUCAGGUGAGUUUGCUGGCCAAUCAAGCACAGUAAUCCCAUGGGCAUUCCAAAUUUUAGUUAUCCAUUCCUGGAUGGUGUUCUCAUUCCACCCCAGUCUGAUUUUGACAAAUAAUAAUUUUGGUAGCAGUUAAGAGGUGUUGCAUUAAUUUGCUGUCCUCUAUUAGUACAGUUUCUUUAACGUAUUCUAAUAGUAAAAUUAGAGGAUCCUUGGAUAAACUAUAGUCAGUUAUUCCUUCAAUUUCCAUUGCUAUACCUUCCCAGAAUUUUCUAAUUUGGGGACACAUCCAGAAUAUAUGCCACAUCCCAGCACCACUGGCUGUUCUGUAUCUCCAGCGAAGAUGUUAACAGUGUUAAAAUCAUAGAAUUGUAGAGUUGGAAGUGACCCCAAAGGUCAUCUAGACCAAUCCAAGGUACCAACAGAACAGAAACUUAGAGAAUUUUUUUUUUAUUGGGACCCUGUUUGUUGAGGAAUUGUUUGUUGAGGCUGCUAGCCAUGGUGGCUGUGCUCUGCCUCCAUGGUUGCAGGCAGAAAUGCUUCUGAAUACCAGUUGCUGGAAACAGCAGAAAGGGAGAGUGCUCUUGUGAUCAGGUCCUGCUUGUGAGCUUCUCCUAAUGGGUAUCUGGUUGACCACUGUGAGAACAGGAUGCUGGACUAGAUGGGCAAUCGGCCUGAUUCAGCAGGCUCUUCUUAGGUUUAUGCCAAAUCAAAUUCCAGGGGUGUUGGUUUUUUAUUUAUUCCAUACAACAGAGGUUUUUAACCUUUCUGAGUCCACGACUCCCUUGACCAACGGCAUUCUUUCUGUGGCUCGCCUUCAGCCUGUUUGUGGGCAGUGCUGUUCCCUCUGAGGCAGAGGCUGGACUCAGGAACUACAUUUCCUGUCAGGCAUGCUUUGGAGGUGACGCAGCCCUCUCUUCCACCACAUGUGGCCUCUUCUAUUAAUCUAAUCUACACAGUCCAAUCUAUUAGGAGGAGGGAGAGGCGAAGGAGGGUCGGAGGCCAGUGCUGCCCAUGGCUUCCCCCAAAAUCAUUCAAAGUGCCCCAGGGUGCUGUAGCACAUUGGUUGAAAACCACCGUACUAUGAGGAUGGGAAAUGAAAUGGAUCCUGAGAUGUGGAAAAAGAAAAGUGGAGGUGGGUAGGCGUGGGUGUGGAUGUAAAGCCUAAAGUGCUUACAACAAAAAACAACAGUGGGAUUACAGUCUCAGGAAUGCUGAAAAAAUGAAAUUAUAGCUGCAUCCCCCAAUUUAGUCUUUGCAAAGCUGUAGGGAACUAAGGAGGGGAGCCCAGGUGGUUCAACAGGCAAGGAAAAGCAGCCCCAGAGUUGACCACUGGUUCCCAGGCACCCUAGUGCCAGAGAGACCCUGAGGAAAACAGGGAAGGGCCCCUGUUAGUGUGGAUGGCCAGGGAGAGCUAAGUGAGGAAACAAGUGCAAAAAAGAAAUAGCAGGGGCGGUGGAGGAAGGUGUCUGCAAUGUGGCAGAGGAAAGGGGGCAUUGGUUCAAUAGGCAGAUGCAACAGGACUGGUGCUUCCAGGGCGCCAUUGAAAAAGACAAAAAGCUUGAUGUUGCAUAAUGGCUCUUCAGGGGGGAGUCAUGUGGGUUAGUGGCGGGUUCAUGGCUGCUGUGGCUUCUACUGCCUGCUGGUAGAAGGGAGGGGGGAGGAGAAGGAAGUGAAGGGAAAGGAGAGGGAGCAGGCAGCGGCACACUUAUUGUUGAGAAACAGGCAGUACUUGGCCCAGGGAAGUGGCACCACUCACACCACCUGCCUGCCAGCUUGCUUACUCUUCUGAGCUGCUCGCUGGGCAAGCAGGAGAGAGGAGGGGAGGCCAGGGCUGCCCGCGGCUCUCCUGACAAUCCUUCAAGACUCUCCAAGGAGCCACUGCUCACCAGUUGAAAAUCACUGUUGUACAGCAUUUCUCUCUAUUCCUACCUUGACAGCAUGCAAGUCUGUUCCCUGUUGAGUUCACAUGGAUCCCUGUUACCUGACACCCUCUCCUUCCUCCUCCCUUCUUGCAGGCUGUCUACAAGGCUUGGCUGUGCUCUGAGUACUUCAAUGUGACCCAACUGCAGUGCCAGCACCGGAUCCCAUGCAAGCAAUACUGCCUGGAGGUACAAACAAGGUGUCCCUUCGUCUUGCCUGACAACGACGAACUGAUCUAUGGAGGACUGCCUGGCUUCAUCUGCACAGGUAAGGCUUAGAAUUGUAGAGUUGGAAGAGACACCCAAGGGUCAUCUAGUCCAACCCACUGCAAUGCAGGAAUCUCAACUAAAGCAUCCAUCCAAAGUCUGUUUAAAAACCUCCAAUGAUGGAGAGUCUACCACCUUCUGAGGUGGUAUGUUUUAUUGUCGAACAGCUCUUACCACUUACAAAGAUAGGGGAUGUACCCCAAAAGCAGAGGUCAGGUGGUACCCGGUGUGGAAAAUUUCUUGUCACCCCCCCCCAUUGAUUUUUUUUUUGCCUGCAAAAAUGGUUUUACAUUAUUUCAUAUUUUCUUACAAAGGAAUGUGGAUUCUGGGCCUCAGAUAACAAGUAGGCAACUAUGGGCAGAUACUUAAAUCUACAGGAUGGAUUGUGUUUUGGCUUGUGUUAUUUUAUUUAUAUUUAUUGUUUAUUUAUUUAAUAAAAUCUAUUUUUAAAAACCUGCAAAGUGGUUUACCAAAACAAAAAACAAAAAAAUACCACAGCAGUAAAAUCAAGAAAAAUUGGCUGCAUGCAGGGGGCGAGGCAAAGGUAAGGCAAGGCCUAAUCUACUGGGCCUAGUCUCAUUUUCUUCACAUAGGCUGACUUUCCAUGACCCGGGAAGCCCAGCGGAGGGUACGGCAGUAGGGUGGUUCAUAAAAAACUUUUUUUAAAAAAAAAAUUCUGCUCCAAAGGUCUUAUUUUACUAAACUAGGGAUUAUAUAGCUAUAUCUGAAAUUUCAUGCGUAUCAGUUAAUAUCUUGACCCUGCUCCACUGAAUUGAAAUUUCAGGCUUCACGACAUAGGAAAACGGCCAAGUAAACAGCUAUUUUCGUGGAGGAGGGUCAAGAUAUUAACUGAUAUGCAUGAAAUUUUAUAAAUUAGCUAUAUAAUCCCUAGUGUAGUAAGAUAAGACCUUCGGAGCAGGCAUUUUCCAAAAAAAGUUUUUUUAUGAACUGCCCUAGUAGGGCAGUAAUUGUUCCUUGAUCAUUUGUCACCCCCCCUCCAUGAUGGCACCUGGUGCGCCUACGCCCUACGCCCCUGCCCAAGAGACAACCCAAAAUGUUUUAUUAACAUAAUUAACAACCCAAAAGUGCUAUAGCAGGGUAUUAAAUUGUCUCAUAUCCAGAGGAAUCAAACAAUAAAUACUGUAAAUUGUAAGAGGAAGAAAUGGUGAGACACAGCAAUAUAAAUCAAGACAUCCGGGAAAGGUCAUAGAAUAAAUACUUCAGCAGUUGGUCUGUGAGCACUUAGGAAAGGAAGCUCUGAUUUCUAAGACCCGGCUGUUUGACAGUGGAACAGUCUCCCUCGAGAGGUUGUGGACUCUCCUUCCUUGGAGGUUUUUAAGCAGAGGUUGGAUGGCCAUCUGUCUUGAAUGCUUUAGCUGAGUUUCCUGCAUUGCAGGGGGUUGGACUAGAUGACCCUUGGAUCCCUUCCAACUCUAUGAUUCUAUGAUACAGCCAAAUGCAGAUUUUUAAAGGUUUCAAUUGCUGGGCUCUUGAAAUCCUAGCAGUGUAAGGAGUCGGACUAGAUGACCCUUGGAGUCCCUUAGAACUUUACAGUUCUCUGUUUCUAUUAUUCUAGCUGCAGCUAACAACAGUGUCAAAAGCUCUGGAGUGACAGGUUUUCGUGUUGUUCAUCAACAUAUUCAAUAAUUAUAGUUGUGGGGAAGCCUGAACAGGUGAUUUACUUAUUUUAGGUAUUCCUUGAUAUACUUGGGAUCAGAAUUAAUGAAAUGCGAGGACAUUUCCACCAAAGAUGGAGGAAUGUCCUGUAAUGGUUCUAGGGGUUGCUCGUGCGUAAGCUUGUCCCAACCUCUGGCUGGGUUGCCUGAGUGAACCUUUCCUGUCCGGGCAGCCACUCGCCUGUGACUGUCUCAAUCGCUGGCAGAAUCCGCCAGUGGGCAUUUCUUAAACUUCUUCCAGCAAAGAAGCUCUUUGACGCCAAGUCUCCUCCUACUUUCCCUGCGCGGAAGCCUUCUGCGCAAGGAGGGCGUAGGCAGCGGAGGACCCUUCCUCUCCCCGCUGGUCCCCGGCAAGGAGUCAUGGGACCGCCUCGCCGAUUCCCCCAUCUGCCCCCCUUCACCACUGGAGCUACGUUGAUUCUCCUCCCCAGAAGACGGGCUGCCUCUCCCACUCCCGGGACGCUCGCUGGGAUCCCUUUGGAGCUUGCUCUCUCCUUCGGACACUGAUGGCAGUUCCCUGACAUGUCCCUUGAAACCCACAGUCGCACCAGCAGUCAUGUGCUGACUGAUGUAAUAUGGGACAUCUUCAUAGGUGUGUUAUGCCAUCUAUGCAGAUCUUUGAGGGAAUGUUCUCUCACAUAUGAUGGAAUCAAUUUAUAUGGCUUAUAUGACCACAGUGAUUUCCUUUCAGAUUUCUCUAUUUGAACAUUUAUCUCCUUCUCCCAAUAACAUUUAAGGCCUACAAAUAGACCAGUGGCAAACUCCAAAAACUGUGUAAAUAAUGGAGACCAGUUAUUUGCCUUGGUGUCCAUGAUUCAGUUCAGUAGGUUCAACUAGGCCUGCCUAGUUGAAGGUCCUCUGCCCCAUAACAGCAUGCCCUUAGAAGGGAUGGGGAAGCUAUUUGUGUGUAUCCAGCACCUCCUAGUGUUCUGGUACAUGCCAACCCUUUUCUGGUCUGUCUCUUGAUUUUCAGAAUAUGAGGAAACCACGUCAGCCAACCCUGGGCUCUGCUGCUGCUGCUGCUGGUAGCUAGUGCCAGGUUGGUCCAAAAUAAGUCAUCUGCUCUCUGUGAUUUGAUCACAGAGGUGGACUCUCGUUCCUUGGAGGUUUUUCAACAGAAGUUGAAUGACCACCUUUCAGGGAUUUCUUAGCUGUGAUUUGUGCGUUGUAGGGGGUUUGACUAAAUGAUCCAGAGGACCUUCCAACUCUACAAUUUUGAUUAAGAGUGCAAGUUCAUCUUGUUGAUUUCCCAUGCUCUGUGCAUUAGUAUAGAAACAACAGAAGCCACCAAUCAUUCCCUCUGGUUGCUUCCUUCUUCCUUUUUCCUGCCCAUUAGCGGAUUCUAAUUCUACCCUGGUUUCUUGUAAAUCAGUGAACUCUCCUGAAGGUAGCACUUAGCAGACCUGACACCACUUCUCCCCCCCCACCUCCUCCUUUCUUGUUGUCCUUUUGCCAGGGUUGCUGGAGAGCAAUCUGCCUGAACAGGAAGCCAAGUGCUGCGACAUGCUGUGGGACUCAUGCAACCACCACCCAGACGACAGCUGCAAUACAUCAGCCAAAUCCAUCGAGUCAGAGUCAUUCCAUGACCAACUCCGUGACAUCCCCCAUCACCACCACCACGUUCACCAGCAGCGGCAGCAGCACUACAACCUCUACUACCACCACACCCAGUACCAGCACCAGCACCAUCCAUCCCUGCUGCCUGUGUCUGCGGGCUCCCACCUCAGCAGCGGCAAGAUCCGGUUCUGCGUCCUGGUUCUAAUGCUCCUCCACACCAUGGUGUCCUUCUCAAGCGUGCCCAGCAGCACGGGGCUGAGCCUGGGGGCCCUCCCUGCCAUGGACGAGACCCUCACAAGGGACGGGGGACCCUCAUUUGCAAUGCAAGGAAAAGGCAACUGCCAGCUCUUUUUCACCAGUGGGGGGAAAGGGGCUGGGUGCAUAAAUGCUCUUCCUCCAGUGGCAGGAGGUGACACAGGAUUGGGGGUGAUGCACACAGACCCACCCCCAUGCAGACCCCCCUCCCACCCCCCAGAGCACCUCAUCACAGGGACUGCCCUGCGAUGA